GGAUGGUGAUAAAGAGAUGCAAGGAGUCCUACUAACAGUGGGUGGAGGUACACAGGGUAGAGGUGCUAUAGGAGGAGACCCUGCAGGCUGCAGAUGCUCCGUUCUAGCGAGAAGCGUACUUAAAGCCUGAGUGAAUUGAUCCAUGCGGUGAUCAUUCUCCUCUAAUUUCCUCUCGCAAGCAGCUAUGUGCUGACACAGUUCUACAGGAUCUAUGGCCUGUCGUAAUGUCAGGAUUACUGUUUGAUCCAGCACGUAGAACUGUACAGCACGGAUGACAAAUAAGUAACGUAUUACCGGUCCUUAGAAUGGCCGGAUUUAACGUACAAAGAAUAGUCAAAAAUACUAGCCGAGGUCAGGGAACACAGAAAGGGACACAGCGAUGAGGAAAGCCAGGAGUCGGGAUACCAGAAUAUAGAGAAGUCAAUAAACAAAGCCAAAGUCAAAAACCAGGUAGAAAACUAUAAACAGGAACGCGCUCUCAGACAACCACAAGGGAAACCACGACAGGGCACUGAGCAGGCUGAGAACUGGGCCUAAAUACCCCUCCUUUAGUUCUGAUAGGCUGUAACCGGCCUUUGACCCCAAAGUCAGUUACCAGGUUUCAUUUGCAUAAUUGCUGCUCAGCAUUAACCCUUCUGUGGAUUAGGUUGCUGCUCGGCACAACUUUUCCUGUGUGGACAGUAAAUGUCAUUAACCACAUUUCUAUAAGCGGAUGAAUACGUGACAAUGACAAAUACAAAAUAUUUUUCAAUUCAGAUUUUCAUUCAGUGCAGUUAGAAGAUUUAUACAAAACAUAAUCAGAAGUUUCUAAGAAUAACAGAACAUGUCUUAACAAGAUACCAUAACAGGAUACAUGCAGUACAUAUUGAUGUUUACAAGUGAUACAAAGUCAGCAGGAUGAAGUUUGGAAUUAUAAAUUCCCAGUAAUAUCAUUGCUGAUCCUGCAGACAAAAAAAAAAAAAAAAAAGAUUUUGUUUAAGCCUUUUUUAUGAAAUGGUAUAAUAUAUUUAUAUAGGUCAUUGCAUUAACAAUCACAUGUGAUUACAGUCGUACAGGAAAAUGCAGUGGUGUGUUAAGGUAUUAGGGAUAAUAAAAGCAUCAGGUCGAUGGGGAGCUUUUUCUCAUUGGGUCGUUUAAAGAUAUUUGCAAUAUAAUCAAUAGGUCGCAUAAAUAGGAUGAAAAAACUGUUUUCCAUUACUAUGAGUGGCAAAAAAAAAAACUAAUUACAUCACAGUCAAUGAUAAAAAAAAAAUAGUAGUGACUUAAAAACAAUGAAACAAUGAUACAAUUCUGUCCACCUGUGCCUUAUGGAGCCAAAUAUAAUCAUUGCUGAUCUCUUAUUACCCCACAACUGACGUACCAGUUGUCUAAGUUUAACCCUUUAAGGGUGCUUUGCCCCUACCCCCUCAGGAGAUAGUUUUAAUUUGCAGGAUCUACAAUAUGUUAUAAUUCCAAAACAGAAAUCUCCUUUAUUCAAUACUAGAUGGUAUAGUGUAGUAAAUUAAAAAGGGAAUUGAAAAAUUAAGAAUUUGGAAGUAUUUACUACUUCAGUUUUGCUAUUCAGGGUUUUAAUUUACCACAUUCGACUGUUUAGUUAAUUAAACCAUUAGUAUUGAAAUUCUAUCAGUGGCGACGGGUAGGAGGAUGACAGAACUGUUAAUAAUUUAGUGUAAAGUCCUUAUAAUUCACUGCACAUUGCUCCUACUGAACAACUGCGCUAGAUAAAUCCAAAAAAUAUCACGUGCACUGUCACAGUGAAAUAAGACGCAUGUAUAUUUAAUAGAGCUGGUGUAAGGCUUUGCCCAGUGUGCUGUUAUUGUCACACAAUGCUCUCACUAAAUUCCGUUUAUUUCUUUUCAAUGACAAUAGACAUGACUAGCACACACUCGCCCUCUAGUGGCCAUGAACGAUAUUACUCUUCAUUAUUCUACCAACACAACCCAUGCCAUGUACAAUUGCCUACAUCCUCUCCAGGAUUGCAAUAAUUCCCAGUCUUUCCUAAACUCCCCACUACUCCAUUCUCCCCUCCCUUGUAUUUUUUUCUAGCACACCAACAUUCUGAAAAGUCACUUUGGACUCUGCUACUGAUUUAUCUUGAUUUGAUUCCCUUGCAUCUUUUUUUUUAUAUAUACAUAUUUAUUUUAUGUAUCUGUUUACCUGCUGUCCUGCUACAUUUCCUUGUUCUAUUGUCAUGGACCCUUCUGGGCUCACAUUCCUAGAGUCUUCUCUAUUUCCUAGGUGGUAGCUGCAAGUCUGCUCUUUGCACACCAUAUUCUUAUUGCUGUAUCUGUGAUGGACACACUGGAUCUUGCUUUCAAUCCCAUUGCACUCAGGCUGAAGAUGCACCAGCUCUCUCUGCUAAUGUGCUUCAGUGACUUGCUAGAGAUCUCUUAAAACAAGGCUGGACUUGUCAUGGAAUCAGGUAAUACAUGUCUCUAUCUGCUCUCUAUGCAUGCCAUACAUUAGAUUAACAUCACCUCUCUGAUUUGUACAUACUUGGAACAUCUAUAUGCCAUGCAAUAAUAAUUAAUAACACUGUUGCCUCCAAUUUGAUCAUGUUUCAGUGUUUAAUAUUGAUUAUUUACAUUGGCUCUGAAACAGUUAACCAAUGUCUGAUUGUUCUGUUUAAUUCUAUUUUGUUGUAUUUACUGGGCUAUAUAAUGUUUGUGUUUUUAUUAUUUUAUAUAUUUUAUAGUUGAAUGUAUUUUUUCCACUUCUGAGAAUAAUAACAGUUUUGUGAGCACAAGAAAGUCACCGUGUUGUCCGAAUUCUUCUACCUGUGGCUGAUUUCUUGAUAUCAGAUUGUAGCCCUUUGAUUAGUAUUCAUUACACCAGUGGAACAGGUGAAAGUGUUAAUGGGUUUUGUAGGACCAGGGAAGUCAUUAUAUCUGUGAACAUAUCUAGAGAGAGAGAAAAACCUCUAAACCAGAAGUCACCUUAUGGAUAUCUGUCCAUGUUUUACAGCACACAGUGGAAAAAGUAAUAUGUGAAAUAGUAUUCUUUAAUUAUUGUGUGUGUCUGUGUGUCAGAACAAACCAACUCAGAGAAGUGAAUGUGUGUACAUGUGAGAAUCUCUAUAUCAUAUUAUAUUUAUACGCAUACACCUGCAUGCACACAAACAGAAAUAAGUAUCAUAGUUUAAUAUUCCUUAUGAUAGCAUUAGCAAGGUUAGGACUUGAUAUAAGUGUGAUACUUUGGCACAUGGCUUGGCUGAGAAUAUUAUGAAUAUAGAUAUGCGUCUGUAUGUAACAUUUAAAGAUCAAAGUGUUGAUCUCUCAAAUAUAGAGCAUGCAUAAUUCUAAAUUCUUAUAGAUUUGGUUGUUUUUUUUCUAUUUUAUUGUUUUAUACAUUGAUUAUGCUGUGUGUUGUGCAGGGCAGUGUUGCUUGGUACUUUGUCAUGGUUGUAUAUUUAGUAGUUAUCAUAUGGUCUUUUAUAUUGAUUUUCAAUAGAUAUUUUAUUAUUUAUAUAGGGCCAACGUAUUGGCAGUGCUGUGUAGUGAUGCAGAAAUAAAUAUUUUAAAAAUUCACUCAGUCCAUGAAUGACAUGAUCUUAAUGAUUAAGAUAAUAAAGUUUUAUAUUCAACAUAGUUAGCAAUUCAAAGCUCAGUUAGAUCAUUUGAGUUUAUUGUAAUUGUAUCUCAAGCAGGGCCGGACUGGGAGAAAAAUUCGGCCCGGGCAUUUUUUUAACACACCGGCCCACUAAGAAGGGGGCGGGGCAGAGGAGAUGUGUUUUGUCAUCACCAAUGACAAACAUGCCUCCUCUCAAAGUGAGCAUGUUGGUUCAAUGCUCUCCCAGGGUAGACCAUGAGCAGAGCUCUGCUGAAGAGCUCUAGAAUGAGAAAAAAGCUCUGUAUUUGUUCUGCACAGUGCAAGCAAAUUUUAAAACAUGCUUGCACUGUGUUUCCUUGCAACUUGUCUCUGGUGUCUCUAUAAAUGGAUACCAGGAGACAAAAAUGCGAGGAAAGAGUAUUGUGCAUGUGUUUGGAGCCUGCUUGUGAUAUUGCGUGUGUGUAGAGUGAGCUGAUUGUGGUGUGGUAUUGUGUAAUAAGGUUGGUUUUAGUCAUGUUGUGUUUGUGGUGUAAAGUGGUGUAAUGUGAUGCAUAUGUGGCUAUGGGCUGUAGAGAAUGUGUGUAUUGGGGAUAUAGCAAGUGUGUGCAUACAGGCUAUAGUGUGUGUGUGUGUAUAUAUAUAGGUGAUGAUGUGUGUGUUUAGGGGUGUAGUAUGUGUUUGCUUACAAGGAAUCUAGUGUGUGUGUAUAGGGGAUCCAGAGUGUGUAUGUUAAGAGAGUGUGUGUGUGUGUGUGUGUGUGUGUGUGUGUGUAUAUAUAUAUAUAUAUAUAUAUAUAUAUAUAUAUAUAUAUUUAUUUUUGGAAGUAUUGUGUAUAUGUGUGGUGCAGUGUGUUGGGGGGUUCUGUGUAUGUGAGGGGUGCGAUGUGUGUGUGUGUGUGUGAGAGUGCGGUGUGUGUGUGCGAGAGUAAGAGAGUGAUGAGUGCGGUGUGUGUGAGAGAGUGCUGUGUGUGAUGGGUGUGAGAGUGCUGUGUGAGAGUGCCGUAUAAAUGUUAGAAUGGAUUGUGUGUGUGUUGGGGGGGCAAACAAAAAAAACAAAAAAACAGGCAUUAAAUCCCCCCUCGCUUCUUACCUUUAGCCUGGGAGGGGGGGGGACCGGUACGCUGGCACCUGGGACUGGGAGGCAGUGUUCCCUGGUGGUCCUCGUGGGUGAGUGAACUCUAGCCUCCGCCGGGUCCUCCUCUCCUGGCUGGCUGGCUCCCUCCCUCUCUCCCUGCCGGCUGCCAGAUCUGACAGCACCACCGGCCCUCCAUGUAAAACAGCGCUCGGAUAGCGCCGGCCCUGCAUAGACCGGCAGGGGAGAUCCUGGGACCUCCCCUGCCGGCCUCGGCCCAUGGUCACCGCGGCCCACCGGGCAUUUGCCCGGUGUGCCCGAUGGCCAGUCCGGGCCUGAUCUCAAGUGAGAACCUAAAAUCACAAGGUUUAUUUGCAAAUAAAAGCAUUAUGUAGCUCAGUGUAAUCCAAGCCAGCUGUUUACAUGUAAUUUACAAAAGCUAAUUAGUGUCAAAUAUCUGGAGGUCUGCACAGUUCAAUCUGCUAUCUAGACAAGCUCAUUAGCAUUUCUCUAAUCAAAAAUCCUGAAACACUAUAGUUUCUAAAAGUCAAAUUAAAAAUAAGUUCGUAGGAUUUUUGAAGGAAAGCUGGUUGAAAGAAGCUGUUUCAAGAAGGCCAAUACUCUUGCUAUUCACCAAUAGCAUCUCUUUUUCGAACACUAAAGUUGCACUGUCACUUUUAGUUUUUUUCAUAAUCAUAGAUUUCUUUUUUUUUUUUUUUUUUUAAAGAAAGUGAGUGUGUUGGAAUUUCAUUAAAAUUCCAAUGCAAUGGAAAAAAUAUGCAUGAGAUAAAAUAAGGAUUACUUUGUCUCAUUGAAGACUUGUUUUUUCAGAUAGUAGGAAGGUGGAUGGAGCCUCCACAGCCACAUCCUCCCAUUGGCUGAUGGGAACAGGUGUGAUCUCAUGUGAUGUGAAAUAGGUGCAAGUAACAGUCACUAUGGGUCUUCCAUAUACCAUAAUGGACGCUAGCAAACCAACUCUACCACAGCUUCAGGCUGUGCUCCAAGACCAGUUCAAUGACCUAGAAAAGUGGAUUGCAGAUGACAAACUUUUCCUAAACACUAACAAACAAAAAAAAACACUGACAAAACUGUCACAAUGAUUUUUGGACAGAACCUAAAUUUUAUGACAAGACAGGAGGCUUCAUAUUUGCUUUACUUUCUAUACUCAAACCUCCCAGCAGCAAAGAAAUGGUUAACAAUGCAAAGUAAAAAUUCAACCAAUCACCGUAAAGUUGUCUGUAACAAAGGGUAAUGAAGCUCCUCCCACUUCCUCUUUCUUUGCUGCUUGUCUCCCAGGUGAGUCUACUCCAAUUAUAUUGCUAAGUCAAAUCUUUCGAUAAUUUGUAAUUUAUAUAUCCUUGUGCCUUAAUUUUUGGGAUUGUCUUCCCUACCUUAGUUUGGCUAUUUCUCUCUAUACCUGUUCAUUAUAAUUCAUCUCCUUAUUGCCUUCUUCCUCUCAGGCCGUCUUCUCUAGUUGGCCGUAUGUUUUUUCCCAGUGCUCUUUCUGCAUGAGGGCUUUCUCAUGGUUCCACUCCUCACUGGUAAUUACCGUUCAGGGCACUUUUGGCUUUGGCAGGUGAUGUGGAAUCAAUCAAUCAAUCAAUUAAUUCAUUAUCUUGUGUAUCUGCCCCCGGCCAAAUUAAAGCAGUAGUGUGUGCAUGCUCCUAAAGUAAUUCACACCAGACACAGGUUUCGGGUUAAUGAAAAACUUGAGGAAUGUUUAUUCUGAGGGGACGACAUGUCCCUUAUAAAGCAAAAUUACAUCAUAUGCUUUGUCAGAGAUAACAUGAAAUAAUACAUCAAUCAUUGGUUAGGUGUUAAGUGGUUCAUUUAUUGCUCUUCCUACCUGGUGUGAUGUCACUGGUAUCUUGGAGGUCUCCCUCAGAUUCCAGCGCUAUCUUGUUAGUGAGAGUGUUAGUCGAUGUCAAAGGGAAACUCCCUAGCGGCCUUUUUAGGUAAAUCACAUAUAAAGUUAAAUAAUGCUGAUUGUAGGUAUGCUGAGUAAAUAGGCAUUUUACUAACAUAAAUUGAGUUAAUAUUUUUGUCCACAACAGUGGGCAGCGUCCCCUAUGGCCCGGCCUGCUCUAUUUGCUCAGUCUCCACUACUCAGGUCUGUCUCUGAUGCUCUGCUCCGUCCUCUCCUUCACUCGUGGCGGCCAUUUUCUCCAACGUUUUUUCCUGCCGUUUUCGCUCCACCUUAUCACCUCACAAACCUGUCGGCUUGGUGUUUUGCGGCACAGUGGUCAGACACAGGGAUCCUUCAUGCUUUAUUCUUCUAACUGUAAGUUUGUUUUUCAUUUUAACCCAUACUGUUAUAGUGUUUUUUUUCCACCCUAUUAAAAGGAUCUUUUAUACUUAUUAUCCCUCCUUUCCUUAAUUACAGAUUGAACAAGAAGGCUCUCCCUGCAAUUAUCUAUACCCGUGUCAUCAUCACACAUUAUCACACACUGAUUAAAUUUGGUUUCCCAAAUUAACCUCUCACUGGCAUCUACUCUGGGUGACCCCCACCAUAGUAUUUUUGGCCUUUUACCUUACACUGAUUUAUAGUUUGUCUGCCUUUUGUUAAUUUGUGGGUGAGGCCUUCUUCAGUUGGCUUCCAGACCCAUCCAGCCAAGCAAUUGAUGCUUUCCUCCAACCUUAGCCGAACUCAGGGGCGUAUGCCUUUCAUUCUUUCUCUCUGAUUCCUCGAACUCUGCAAAAGAUCAGAACUCUCGUGGUCACAAUACUUCUGAUUACCCCUCUAUGGAGGACACAGCCUUAGUAUCCCAAUCUAUUGGAAUUGUCUGUAGACUUCCCUCUCUUUCCCUCCUACGACAAGGCCCUCUACUCCCUCUUUUCCUUCAAGACCACCUUCAACUCGUGGCCUGGACUGUUUCAGGGGAUCCUGGAAUGUCUCAGGACUUUCCAACAUGGCUAGAGGAUUAUUAUGGGACUCUAUGUGCCUACCUUUCUGCCUGGCCUAUUUUGACAAGCUGGUGGACAUCCCUCGAUCUGCAGACUUCUGUGUUGUAUUAGAUUGACCAGGCCUCCAGCACCUCAAUAUUGCCAAUUCUGAGAUGUAUCUCAGGUUUUCUCUUUUUUUGGAAGCUUGGCCUUCCAACUCGGAUCUCACUUUACAACAGCUCUCCGCUAAACUAGCACUACUUUUAUGUUUAGUCUUCUUCAAGUGAGUUUCCAAUGUGAAGGCUUUUGACUUUCGUGUGCUUGUUUUCUCCCCUGAAGGGGUUUUGUUUUUCUGUUUCCCGUCGAACUAAGAUGCUCUCAUCUUCUGUUUCAUUUUUAUAUUUUUACCCGUAUUUUGCAGACAGACCAUAACUUUGCAUGGCACUUUGCCUACUUCACUGUUGAUCUCUUAUGUACGUCCCCACUGACCAGUGUCAUGUCCUGCGAUCACUCAGUUGAUCAAAUGGCUCCUCGGUUUUACUCUUUCGGGGCGCAUUCAGUUUGGGGAGCAGAGGCCUCCUCCGCGCUCCUAGCAGGAGGCGCCCUUUCAGAUAUUUUAUCCUCCACUGACUGGUCUAAAGAAUCUACCUUUCGUACCUUAUAUUUUCAUCCGACUUCUCACGCACUUUUUCCUCUUAUUUCUGUGCAUUAAAAUAGCAAAUUUGAAGCCUCCUGUCUUGCCAUAAAAUUAAGGAUUAUUCUAGUGUUAAUAACCAAAUAAUCAAAAUUUUAUUAAAGACAGGAGGCAAAUAUUUUUCCACCCUCUGUUUCCCCCCCUUUCUUAUUGGGUGUUGACUAUUGCUGGUGUGCUUUGUUUUUUUUUCUGCUUCACAUGUUUUGUACUGUUAGCUUGGUUUUCAGUUGUGAUGCGCAUCUUUAUGUUACUUUAUACUAACUGGUGCCUAUGUAAUGAUGUUCAUUCCCAGUAGAUAAUGCUUCAGAUUCUACUAGUGCUUCGGUAAAGCCUUAAACAUUGCCUAGAGACUAUACUUUCACGAUUCUCUUUUUUCCUUCUAGGGUGAACACUCUGUUACUUCUCUGAAUGCUGUUUCAAAUCCAGCUGUUCUUCCUUCUGGUUUCCAUGGUUGAGGACACAGUUUAUGGUUACUUCAUUGUCUCUGACUGGUGCAGCUGCAUCAUAAGAAAGAGGAAGUGAGAGGAGCUUCAUUACCCUUUGUUACAGACACCUUUACUGUGAUUGGUUGAAUUUUUACUUUGCACUGUUAACCAUUUAUUUGCUGCUGGGAGGCUUGAGUAAAGAAAGUAAAGCAAAUAUUUGCCUCCUGUCUUUAAUAAAAUUUAGAUUAUCAGUUAUUAACUCUAGAAUAAUCCCUAAUAACAUAAAUUACAAAAUCAAAUAGCCCACGGACUGCAGUCCAUUUCUUCAAAUAUCUAGGUAUGUUGUUAGACCCCAAUCUAUCUUUCGGCCUUCACAUUGAAAAACUCAUCAAAACUUUAUCCAAAACUUGGUGCCCUGUACAGAAACAAAUCCUGACCAAGUCCAACAAUAAGGAAACAGAUUGUACAGAUUAAACAAAUGUUAAUGCCAGUUAUUGAUUAUUGGGAUGGGAUGUAAUGUAUACACCUGCGCCGUAAACCCACCUUCAUAAACUUACUACAUUGUAUAACUCGUUCUGCCGCUUUAUGCUACAAUGUAAUUACAUGACCCACUAUUGUGACAUGUUAAAAGAUCUAAACUGGCUAUCGCUGGAACCAGCUGUCCCCUUCAUCUUUCCAGCUUUGUGUUUAAGAGCUUUUCUGGGAAGCUUCCACCAGUUACAACCUGACCUGUACCUUGCGCCCAUGCCACUCCCUUCCUUGGGCCACGCGGGCAGAACAUUCCAGAUGGACAUAUUACUCCAGUUUUCCAGACAAAUAAAGCAGCCAACAGUGCUCUCUAUAUAAGUAUAAUUACAAUAAAAUGAGCAAACUAACUGCUCUAUGUAUCAAGUGUAGGUGGUAUGAUCCCCACCAUACGCUGGAUAGAUAGAGCGGUUAGUCUGCUAAUUUUAUUGUAAGUAUAUUUUUAUUUAUCUUACUUAUACUUUAUAGAGAGCACUAUUGGCUGCUUUUUUUGUCAUUCCAUAUCCUCUACCUCAUCGCUAUCCAGUUGUGAUUUACUACCACUCUACUGUUGACCAAAAUCAGAGGGAUAUCCUGCAAGUGGGGAUUAAAUAUAAUGUAUGCUGUUUUACCUAGAGCUGGUUAUAGCUCUACCAAAUGUGAGUUGACAUCUAUUUUAAGUGUCAUGUGUCCUACUACUUAUUAUCAUAAUGCACUAUUGAUUCGCCUUUGUUCUUUGCUUUCUUUUCAUAUGCUGCUGUCAAGCGAAACUACUCUAUAAGUGCCACACAAGAAUUAGAAGAUAUGUUGUUACCUAUUAGACUGUGCCUUACCAUUUGGCAUUUUUUACAUUUUUUAUUUUUAGGUUUUAUUGUGGACUUUUUUACAUCUUGUGUGCACUUUACGGUUUUAUUACUAAAAGUAUUUGAAGUAUUUAUUAUUGGCACUACCUGUAUUUCCAUUUGACAUGUCCUAAUUUUCUAUCAGAUGUGUUGCCUCCUUAUCCAGUGUAUUCAGUCUGUUUAGCACUGUUCUAUCCUCUGUGUAGAAAUACAGAUUCAGUUUAGUUUUUUUUCAUAUUAGCUCUUAUUAGGCUAUUAUUAGCUUUGGAGUUUAGUUUAAUUCGAACUACAAUUUGUCCGAAUUUUGGCCGAAUGGGUGAUCGAAUUCCUGAUUUCUUAACUGAGAUAUGACUCAAGAACCAAACCACUCUUACAAUAAAUACAUUCUUUCAUUUCUGAUGCAGAGUUCCGCCCAUGCAAGAUAUUCAUUGGAAAAUACAUGUAGAUGAUUGAUGGCUAGGGCACAGUCAAUAAAUGUUGAUUUUCUUCACGGAUCAAGUCAGGGAAAAAAAUACUUUUACCCUGUUUAUGUUUUUUUUUUUUUACUCGAUCUGUGAAUGAAGUGGUGGGAAAACGCACCUAUAAUUGUACUGCAAAAUAUAUGGGCCAAAUUUGACACUGGUUGGUUGAUUUUCAUUCCCUUUUGUUCUGUCUGAUUCAUUCUCCCAAAUCUUUUUCAGUGGGUAGAAUUUUGACAAGCCAAACCACCACACGCAUAUAGUUUUGCUAUACCGAAAUAUUGGUUUGUUUUUGUUUUGUUUUUUCAAACAAAGCAGUUUGAACAAUUUUCUUCUGCAGUGCACAAGUCUAGAAGCUAUAAUGUAAUGUCUGAAUUGACACUUUUUAAUUUACUAAAUUAUCUCCUUGAGUGUUUGAAUAUUUUUUUACUCAUUUUGAUCUUUUGAUGCUUUUUGUACUGGCAAAUUACUGCUGAAUGCUAAAGAAGGGAAAUUAGGACUAAUUUAGCAGAAUGUUAUAAAAUAUUCACUUUACCAUGAUUCCUAAUUUAUUCAUAUUUGGAACAUGUUUUUCAAUAAUGAAUGACCCAGACAUCAGACUUCAAAUGCGGCAACAUAAAAUUAUUAUUGUGCUUCAAAUCAUUCUCUGUCAUUGGUACACAUGAAGACAAUAUGAAAAAUUAUUUUAGACAAUACAAAAGUCACUGUUUCUGAAAAGAAAAGCCUUAUGUUAACCCCUUACGGAUGAAGUUCUGAUCAAAACAAAACCUGGAAUUUGACUAUAUGUCUGUUCGACCAUAAUUUACCUUUUUCAUAUUGAGUGCACCCACACUUAUUAUAUAUAAUUUUGUUAAAACUAUGUUGAUACAUUGUGAAUGUUCCACCCUGGGCUCGAGGCACUACGGAUGGAAAUUUUAGGUGAAGAAAGAUCCCACUAUUUGUGAGGAAGGUAAAUACUAUGACUGGCAAAGCACAGUCAGGGUGGCUAAAAGAGGUUGGAUUUUUUUUUUUUUUCAAGCAUGGUCACUAGAGAUGUCGCGAACCGUCUGCGAACUUCUCGCGGACGGUUCGCCGCGAACUCCAGUCAGCUGACGCAUCCUGGCCAAUCUCCAGCAGACCCUCCCUCCCAGACCCUCCUACUUCCUGGACAGCAUCCAUGUUGAAGGCAGCUUCAACAUGGAUGCUGUCCAGGAGGUGGGAGGGUCUGCCGGAGAUUGGCAGGGAUGUGUCGGCUGACUGGAGUUCGCCACGAACGGUUCGUGGCGAACCGUUCGCGUGAAGUUCGCUGACGGUUCGCAACAUCUCUAGUGGUCACCAGAGGUCCAAGUGCUGUCUUCAUACUGAGAAAUCAAAGAUGUUCAGGUCUUAUAUGAGCGGUUGUGACUUGGGACUUUAAGAUGAGAACAUACAUGAAUUGUGAGUCCAGAUAUGCUGUGUACCUUAUUGCGUGUAAAGUAGUAAUACAUAGUGUGUGUGGGAGACAGAGAAAAGGCUUAAACAGAGGAUAAGAGAGUAUCUCAACAACAUAGAGGAUAAGAACAAGUACCCCUGUAGCCGGUAUUUUGUAGAACUUCAUAAUGGAGAUGUAUCAAUGUAUUGCUUCCAAUGGAUAGAUAAGGUAGUUACUACAGUUAGAGGGGAAAUCACUCGCAUGUUUUGUCCAAGAGGGAAAUGUUUUGGAUUAUUUUAUUUCCAAACUAGAUUCCCCUUUUGGACUCAAUGUGGAGUGGAAUGUCUCCAUAUUCUUUUAGAUAUUUUCUAAAUAAUUAUUUUGCAGGACAUAAUUUUUAUAUUUUUUGGCUAUGGUUAAUCCCCUGUCAUAGUAUAUUUGCUUUUUGUGUAACCUGUAUAUAUUAUAUUGUUUUAUCCAUUUUUAUGUUACUGGUGUUUAGAUUUUGACAUGUUGUUUUGUUAGUAUAUGGAAAGUAAUUUCACAGUUCCUUUCCCACUAAAUAGCAGGAGUGCCUUUGAGCACACUGAGUUUUUUUGUUUUUAUUGUUCAGCCAUUUAUUUUAUUGGGUUUUAAUGUUUGGAUUUGUUACAUGUUUAGACAGUGCUCUAUCUUUACAUAUUCAUGUGUUUGUUACUUAAUGUGUAUGUGACAGACCCAUCUGUAUGGACUAAAAACUGUGUUCGUCUGUUUUGCCGUAUGCAUGAAUUUCCCCAUUCGUAUGCUUUGUUUAAGGGAAUGUCUAUUUUUUGUCGAACGGAACUACCGAACGGACGGCCACCCAGAAGAGAAGUGUGCUGCUGGUUAACCUAUUGAUCCCAAUUAGAACGUUGCGGUUAACCACAGACACUUCUCAAUUAAAACCGAAUACCGGGUGGUCGUCGUUCGUAUGUCGACCACGAGGCGGCGGCCAUUUUAACCAUGCGAAAGACCAGCGGUGUUCGACGGUUAUUUCAUGGAACUGAAAAUGGACACUUUUUCAACCGAACACCGCUGAAGCCGUCGACCUCCCCUUCUCAAUCGACAAAAGCAUACGAAUGCCGGCCGUUCGGGAGAUUCAACAACACGAAUGGACUUAACCCAGAUAGCCUUCCCAUGGAGUCAAUCGCAUACCGAAGAACUGUAAUAGACUUUGACUCCAUGGCGAUUGAACUAUGCGAAUGGGAUCUGAGCGCUAUUCGCCAAUAAUAUGCACUCAGAUCCAGGCUAUCUGGGGAUGUGUUACACGAAUGCAAUAUGUUCGGCAGUUAUAAAGUUAUGGAUUUUUAUGUGUUUUAUGACUUGUACUUAAAAUGGCGAUUUGCCUCUGCUCUGGGAGAUAAUUGAAUUACUUCCCAAUUAUCUCCCGAGCAGAGGGGAGGGAACUGUGAUGCAUGCUGGGAAUAUUGUGGGGAUGUAUGUCCAAAAUGUCCCCAUGUCUUUCUGUUAUUCCAGUCUCCCAUUUGGUCCCCUAGGGGAGUGUCCACCAAGUGGGAGACCUGCAUAAAUACCGGGCAGGUAGCCCACAGUAAAUCAGUUUGUGUUUUACCCUCAAAGCGGAGCUUGGUCUCGUUAUUGGGGGGAUUUUAUUACCGGCGCCUCGAGACUGCUUAUUGGAAUUAUUUGCCACUUGGACGAUAUUGGCGUUCGGCUAAUAGUGUCAGUUCGUGGAUUUGGAGUUCGUGAAGGGAAAGAGCCAUACAGGUACCGUUCGGGAGUUUGGAGUGUUCCCUAGCUGGCGGUUCACAUGGUUAUACUGUACACGCUACCAGCCCCCAUUAUUGCGAACGGGGAGCAUUCACUAAACGGCGGUUUGCACAUUUAUUACUGGAGGUACCGUAACAGUGUAUCUCACUGAGAGUCACAAUUACCCUUUAGGGGAUUUAAACUUAGCUGCAGGUGUGCCUGAUUAGUGCAACAGGCAUUCAGCUACUUGAGUCACACUAGUUCACAGGGAGGAGGCGUUGUGUGAGAUUGCUCCAUCACUACCAUUCAUUACAUAGCAGAUGGCAGAUUUGAUACUAGGCCCUACUAUUAUCAAUCAGAUUCUGCCCUUCCUCCACCCCUUGUGCAUAGGUUGAAGGAAAUGCUAAUUUGGGUAAGCCUGUGUAAAUGCCCCAACCACUACCUUCUUCCAUGGGUGUUAGUGGAAAUUAAAUAUUUUUUAGGGGUCAGUCAACACCUUUUAUUCACCCCCUGAUCCCAAACUGAGAAAAAUGUAUCCAGAUUAUAUGAGGACCAAGGGAUGCCUUGUUUUCUGGUUCCAAUAUCUAAAGGGCCAAUCUCUCUCUCCUUAAUAAUCAAGUAACCACUCAGCCACUUGUCUUAAUAGGACAAAUAGUACCAUCAUCCCAAAUAGGUAAAAUAUGCCCCACGAUUUUUAGUGGUCCCAUAGUUUCAAGGAGCAAAACUCUCCUCCGUAUUACCCUCCCACCCCAUCUACACGUUAAGAACUACUCUUUAAAAUGAAUUAAUGAUUAUCAAAACAGCCAUUCAAAUAAUUUCCUGUCAGUUCGAACUUGACCAGGUGUCACUAAAGAUCAUUAAAUUAAAAUGUGCAGAAAUAAAUGGCAGCAUUUGUCGAUAUAUUUUACAACAAAACUACAGUACAUGAGUUAUACUUCGCUCCCCUCACCUGCCAAUCACAUCUCAACAUUUUCUGCUAUAGACAAAGAUAUUUUUAUACUAAACAGCAUUACAUUACAUUUAGCCAAUGAAACCCCAUUUACAUGCCCACACAGGUUUUCAUACUGAAGAUAAACUAAUUUCUCGACAACAAGAAAAGAAUGGAGCGGAGGAUACACUAUCCGAUGUAACAGCAAUGGAAUGCUAAUCGAAAAAUAUGUAUUGAGUUAAAACGUAACUUUUAAUAAAAGUACUUAUCACUAAAAAGUCUCAAGGGACAAAAGAGACAGACUACACCACAAAACUAAUAGUGCUAAACACAUAUAUACAAAACAUAUAAUUUUAAAAAUAGCAGAUGCUGGUCCACACUUUAAAGUAGAUAGUAAGUACCUUUAACAAAGUGUUUGUUUAUACAGGUCGCUCCAUAGUAUGUCAGAUGAUAGUUUGGUAACACAGUCCCAACUGACAAGAGAUUUGUUAAUAAGUACUUUCUAAAUAGUGAACAAUAAAGCUCUGGCUUACUUGGGCAUCAAUGUAUCUCAGUACCUUCAGGCAUAUAGCCACAAAAGAUAAUAUGUAACAAAAGUAGCUGGCCUUUACAAUAAUUAGAAAAGUGUAUUUGUCUGUUUAGUAGAGCAUCUAAAGCUGGAGGAAAGCUGAGAGAACCUCCUGCAAUUGUAACAGGUAUAUAACAGGAUAGGGUGAAGGGGGAAAAAAGAGCAGGAAGAUAGCUGUCCCUAUUGUGCAUUCGAGGGCACCCUUUACCCCAAAAGUCAACCCUAGCUUGUAAUAUAAUAGACACCACCCGCUUCUAAAAGUAACACUAAAAGUGAAGGUGAGACACUGAAUACAUAAAUAUGAUUAAAGAUGCUAAAAAUCGGAACUAAAAAGAUAAAUGUUCCUAGAAGCCAGAGGAUGCUGCAAUUGAAUGAUGUGGACACAGCAAUGCCCCUUAGGCCUUAGUGUACUGGCACUAUAGCUCCCUCCCUUGCGCCCUCCAACUGACGUAAGAAAAGGGUUAAAAACCAUUUAUUUACGUACCUUACACCGAGGGACAUUGGUGCUGGGUUGUGACUCCACCUCCUCCGCGACGAGGGGAUGCUAAUGCUCAUGCAGGGAAAAUGUUGCGGGCCAUUUGACCUCUCCAUUGGAAGCGUUGAAUCAAUGCUUUCCUAUGGGGGAAAAAAAUGGGAAAAAAUUUGACUCUGGAUGUCCUCAUGCAGAGCGUGAGGACAUCCAGGGUCAGAUACCGGACCAAAGGUCAGUUUCAAUCCAGGAAUCCUCUAGUGGCUGUCUGGUAGAUAGCCACUGGAGGCAUACUUAAUGCUUAAUUGUUUCUCUGGAACAGCAAUGUUUAACAUUGCAGCACUAAGUGCAAUAGAACAGACCAUUUCAAUGAGCUGAAGUGGUCUGGGUUCCUAUAGUGUCCCUUAAAGUCAGGUAGGCCUGUUUUACAUUCAUCCAUGGCUGGCUCAGUCCUCCGGGAGAGGUGUAUCUACUGGUUGUUUAAAGAUUUUUCAAAUUCCAAACCUAAGUUGGUCUAAAAGCCAAGUUUUGCAAAAUAGUUUUAAUAGCAUUGGGAUUGUUAAACACCCAUUGCCUUUACCUUCUUCUGUCCGUGGCUCUGUCUGUGCCCUCGUGCAGACAUCUCAUAGAACUUUAAAUCCCAGAUGUGGUGUUUGAUUUCAUGAUGCACUCAUACGUACCUUAUCUAUGAUGGUUACUGUACCUAAAGCUUGUGGGUCUUCAGAAACAACUAAGAGUAACCAAUAACAAAGGUACAACUACUGCUUUGAGUUGGACACAGACACUGCACCCAGACCACUUCAAUGAGCUGAAGUGGUCUGAGUGCCUAUAGUGUCCCUUAAAGAGAAGGGGUUACAUAUAUUGUUACUUCAGAGGAGGCAGGGAUUAUGCACCCUACUGUACUAUAUUUUCCAAAAGUACUUACAGUAUGUAUUCAGUGGCUUAUGCCUUAUCAUACAAAGUAAGUUUAGAAUUCUUAGCCAAGCAGUUUCUGGACACCAAAGAUUAGAAAGCAUUUUGUGAGCAUUUUUGCCGCUGACACUCCAUUAGCUGUAUCAGUACUUUCCAGAUAAUGGAAAUGAAUCUCGCUGAGAUGAAAACCAUCCUAAAACAUUUCCAAUUUCUCGCUUCCCCUUCCAAGCGGUUCAUUGCACUCUGCAAGACUCUUCCUCUGCAGAAAACAUUUUUUAUUCGUUUUAUAUAAAAUUAAAGUCAUUCAGGCUUCAGUUUCAGUGUUGCCCAUACAAAAUGUAUUAUUCAUUCUGCUGCAUCCAUGGGUAGCUAAAAAAAAAAUGCAGUCUCAAAUUUCCCCAGAGUCUAGAAUAUCAAUGUUGCCACACUGAACAGAGUGGUAUAGCUUUUUCCAAUGUCCAACCUGAAUUCUGAUUUUGAUAUUAAAUGUUUUCUACAAAUCAAAGUACCAUAACCUAUUUACUUAGGUAUAUAGAAGACCUCAGAGCUGUCAUGCCUUUGAACUGGUUUAAUUUAUUUUGUUGUAUUUAUUAUAAUAUUGACUAGUCUCUCUUCUAUAUAGUUGGCAGGUGAUGUGUGUUUGUAAGUACCUGCAUAGGUUUUCAUGUCAACAUAUGUUCUUCGAUAAUGUUAGGACAUCAUGAAGUUAAUGCUGAAAGUUGAGUUGAUAACUAUAUUUAUAAAAAGACAAGACUGCCAAACAAAACGGACUCCGAGUCAUAACAAGAUUGCACAUGUUGGUCUAUACUUCUUGAAGCAGGUAUGUUCUGCCAAACUGAGAAAUUGCCAGUUUGCUCGCAUUGACUUUAUUAAUGAAAAUAAUGGUUUAGUAGCUUUCUAUGAACCUUCUUGGAUGGGCAAAGCCAUCAUGUUAAAAAAAUAAAAUAAAAAAAAUAAUUUGAUCUGAAAUAUACACCAAGUGUAUGUGUUUGUGAUCAAUUUUGGAACCAGCUUGAGAUCUGAGCGGGGACUCACCGAAUGACAGGCUAUUUCAGCUGCUGCCCGUUCUCAGUAUUCUCUUGCGCCCUGGUUUUUUGCUCUCCUAGGAUUUAUGAGCACAUAAUAUCAGAACACUUCUGUGAAGGCCUCCAGUUUUGUUAAAAUCUUGAGUCAGUCCACACUGUAGAUCAGUGGUGCCCAACCCAGUCCUCAAGGCAAAAUGGAUCUAGAAUGCGGACAUAUCCUGGACAGUUGGUGUGCCCUUAGGACUGGGUCGGGAACCUUUGCUAUAGAUCAUUAUUCCCCAUAGUUUAUCAGCUUUAUUGAAUGAGAAGUGAGAAUUUCUUAAAGGGUAUUCUUACACUCGAUGUUCAUAUUUAAAAGCCUCUGCUAGACCUAUGUGUGUGAUGGAAAAAAAAUUAAACAGGUUUAUCAAAUCAUAACAAGAACAUUUUAGUUCCAGUUAUGAGUUUCCAUCAGGAGACUAAGAUGUUUCCUGUUUGGUACAUUGUAAAUUGGUUUAAGUGUUAUCUGUUAUGGAGAGACCAGUAUCCUUGGUUACCGAUGAACAUAAACAGUCUUGAUUAAUACUAAUAUAUUAUAAAGUGGAUUUACAAGUAAUGUAAUAUAAUCAAUAUAGAACAUGUACACGGUAUUCAAAACAAUGGAAUCAGCUGAUAUCACAGCUUAAACCAUAUUUACUUUUCAAGGAUUAAAGCAGAGCUGAUCAAUGGACAAUAUCAACAAUAUAAAUAUAUAUAUAUAUAUAUAUAUAUAUAUAUAUAUAUAUAUAUCAUGUAGAGAGAGAAUUUCAAAAUGCAAUAAAUGUAAAAGAUUAUGGAAGUUUUAAAAGUGCAGAAAUGGCUACAAAUUAAAGGCUAGAACUUGAACUUGUUUAUUCUACAAAAAAGAGGUAUGGUAAUUGAAUACAAAUGUAUACAAGGCUAGUGCAGCUGUCUUGUAAUCAGCUCAUUAUUAGAGCUGCACAAAAGGAUGAGAGGUCACCCAUUUAGACUUGAAGAAAGUAGAUUUCAUGUACAGCAAAGGAAAGGAUCCACUGCAGUUCGAAAAAUAAACAUGUAACCUUCUCUGGCUAAAGAUGCUAAUUUAGUAUGUUCAGUUCAGAGAUUUGUUUAAAAAAAAAAAUCAAACAAUAAUAUUCAAAUAUUAGUUAAUAUAUGGGGUAAGUUUGAUGAUCCAAGGAAAAAAAUCUGCUAUCUUGUAAAUAAGAACGAAUAAUUUUCUAUUUUGUGACAAGGUAUAAUUGAAUCAACAGCAGAAAUAAAAUGUGUCCGUGGCUUGAUAGACUUGCAUUUUUUGUUUGUUUUAGUUUAUCUUACUAUGUAUCUAUGGUGCCUGUUUAUGAUUUAACAGUAUUAAAUGCACUGACACAAAUUUUAAACUAUCGAAUUCUUUAUAUUUAUGUUUAAUAGAUAUAUCAGGAAUAAUCUGUGAAAGAUUGAUAUUGUGAGUUUGAAAUCUCUUUGAAAAAAAUAAAUCCUAAGCUGUUUAUAUUUAUUGACUUAGAUAUAGAUUCACCAUGAAUGCUCAAGCACAGUUUCAAUGUAUAAUUAAAAUCUUGUUUGUGGUCAAAAUGGCAACUUGUUUUGAAGUGGUAUGUGUGAGUAUUCCUUUUUAUUUUUGUAAACCUUGCCGAUUGCACGGUUUCAACUUCUUCAAAUUCUCUCUUCCUGCACUUGAAGCUGAAAGCAAGAAGCCCUUGACAUGUCAUAUCAUAUCAAGUCACCAGAUAUCUUCUCCAACCAUCAUUAAGUAUCUCUUACAGUUGGUGAAGACUGCUUGAAGGACAAAUGAUAAGUCAGGAAGUCAGACACUUUCACACUAUAUACUCACUAGUACUACCGAUGGUAAAGACUUGACGGAAUGGGUAAAAGAUAGAAAGAGAAUAAAAUAAGUAAUAAGGGAAGAGUGAAUGGAAAAAUGCAGAGCCUUGAAUUCAGUACUUAAUUCCUGAAAAUGACCUCUAUCUCCUAAUGUCUACACCUAACCCCUAUCAUUAAUGACUAAACCUAACAUCUUAACACCUAAACAUCAAACCCCGUUGCUCAACACUAUCCUCUGACUUCUAACGCCUUUCAUGAAAAUGUAAUUCCUUCACGUAACCCCAAUCCCCGAGAAAUACUGUAGGAAAUUCCACUUAAUCAGUGUUCUGAGUAGCAAAAUACAGAUCGAGAAGUGUGACUUUGUUGCAGUUUCUUUCUCUGAACUUAUCAAUUCUAAAUUGCAGGAAAAAAAACUCUCAAGGUUUAUUUUGCUCUGACAAGAUAUAUAAACCAGCAUGCACCUCUUCCCGCAGCGUAUAAUCUAAUGAACUGUAGGAAAGUCACAGCACAUUUCAUACUCUUGGUGCAUGAUACAAUCAUGCUUAAAAGCAAAAAUCACUUCUACAUGUAUCAUCAUCAUAGGCUUCAGGAGUUUGUUGGGUUUUUUUUCUCCAGAAAAUCCUUUUUAUCAAAGGAGUAGUUUGAUGUCUGUUUAUUAUUAUUAUUAUUUAACCCCUUAGUGACCAGACCACCUUUCAAUUUUUUUACCGUUUGGGAUCAAGGCUGUUUUUAAAUUUCUGCGGUGUUUGUGUUUAGCUGUAAUUUUCCUCUUACUCAUUUACUGUACCCACACAUAUUAUUAUAUACCGUUUUUCUGGCCAUUAAAUGGUCUUUCUAAAGAUACCAUUAUUUUCAUCAUAUCAUAUAAUUUAUAAUAAAAAUAAAUGAAAAAAUAUGAUGAAACAAAUUUGAAAAAUACACUUUUUCUAACUUUGACCCCAAAAUCUGUUACUCUUCUACAACCGCCAAAAAAAAACAUGCUAAAUAGUUUCAAAAUGUUGUCCUGCGUUUAGAAAUGCCCAAUGUUAACAUGUUCUUAGCUUUUUUUGGAAAGUUAUAGGGCUAGAAGUACAAGUAGGACAGGCUGUUUCAAAAUAUAUAUUUUUAAAAUGUAUCAAUAGUGACGUAACACUGUUAUCUGUCAUAAAUCUCUGAAUCACACCUCACAUGUACAUAUUUUUUUAAAGUAGACAACCCAGGGUAUUCAAUAUGGGGUAUGUCCAGUCUUUUUUGUUGCCACUUAGUCAGAAACACUGGCCAAAGCAUUUUUUUAUUUGUUUGUGUGUUAAAAAUGCAAAAACCUAUUAUGAACGCUAACUUUGGCCAGUGUUUGUGACUAAGUCGCUACUAAAAAUAGACUGAACAUACCCCAUUUGCAACACCUUGGGUUAUCUUCUUUGAGCUAAUCAAACCAGGAAGUAACAUGACCUGCUGACUGAUUGACAGCCAGGGGGUGUCACAAGCUUAACUUAUAAAUGUGUCAUAUUGAAAUUCGCACUUUUUGUGAAAUAAAAUAAAACACAAUGUACACACCACAUAUAAAACACUCAGCAAGCGUUUUUAGGGUUCUGUAGUUGUCCUUCAAGUUGGAGAGUAUAUAUUCUCCUAUACCCAGAAAUGGGAGGUAUAGCCAAAAAUGGCUCAUGGGGCUUCUGUACAUUGUAAGUCAUACUAGCCAUACAAUUAUAUUGGUUAAUGGAAAUAAUUAGCUAGUCUACUGUGCCCUUAAUUAGAGGAGAACUUUUUGGAAAAAUGUGUUGAUAUCUUAAUAUACUCUUUAUGUAAUAAUGUACCAUUUCAUUCAUUUUUAAUUCAUGUAUAUUACAUUUUUGGAACAAGUUUUGUUUCUAGAAAUCACUUGAUUUCAUUCGCCCUUCCUGGCAGCCAUCGUUAUGCACCUUUGGUCGGAUUGCCAGUUAUGAUCAAUAUUUCGCAAAUGUUAAAAUUACCAGACAGAAAAUACUGCAGGCAGAAAAAAGCACACAAUUUCAAAAAGCAACCAACGGUGGCAAAAUAAGCAGCAGAGGGUGAGAUAACCGACAAUCACAAUUCUUUCAUAACCACCUGAUUUGAGUGUCCUGGAAAUCAUCCUUUGCAACUUUUCAUUUCCAAUCACUUUAUAAUGUUAUCAGUACAGGGCCAGUGCAGGCAUUUUUGCCAACCUAGGCAAAAAACAAUAUGCUGCCCCCAUGUUGUCAUCACAAUGACCUACCCUUAUUAUCUGCCCCACAUAUUCCCAUCCCUUUUUACAAUAUUUACUUUUCCCCUUAGCCCCUUUGUGUGUCUUUGUCCCCACCAGCCCCUAUGUGGGCCUCUUUGUCCCCCCUAGUGCCUUUGUGUGUCUCUUUGUCCCCCCAGCUCCACGGUGUAUCUCUUUGCCCAUUCCAGUCCCAUUGGGUGUCUUUGUCCCUCCCAGCCCCACUGUUUGUCCUUUUAUCCCCCAGCCACACGGUGUGACUUUUUUUCAUCCUCAUCCUUCCUUCUGUGUGUCUUUGUCACCCCAGCCUUCUUUCUGUGUGUCUGUGUCUCCCCCACCCAGCAUCCAUUGUGUGUGUCGGUGUGACUUCACCCACCCAAGCCUCCCUUCUGUGUGUCCGUGUCACUUCUCCCCCCCGCCCCCCCAGCUUUCCUUCUGUGUGUUCCUCCUUCUUGUAGUGAGGAGCUUAUGUAACCUAUACCAGGUCAGGAAGCUAUUUGGCUUUUUUGUAAAAACAACUGUCAGUUUGGGUAGACAUUACAGAAGCUCCUCUACCCCGAUUUGUGGAUCCUGUUUUCUACUUCUGUAUUUCUAACUGCAUAGUAACAUAUCUAUUUAUAAGUUUGUAGUUACCUACCUAUUUCUAAAUGCGUAGUGCAAGGCAAGAUUACUCCACCAUUACACUUUCAAGCUUGUUGUUAAGAUAAUAUAGAUGAAUUAUGUUAUUAUUGGAUAAUAAUCAUAAGACCACCCAUGUUUCCUCUUGAUUACAAUCCGUUGUACCACCUAAUAAAUAUCAGGAGCAACUUGAACUUUACACUGUGUUGUCUCGUUCAUUGGGGCUCUUCACCAGCUGGUUGGGGAUGAGGAGAAAUACAGAGAGUUCCAUAUUGAUGAAAGACCAUGGCAUGAUAUAGUAAUUCAUAUUUGUCUCCAGCUUCUGAAGAAGAGGUUUCUGAGCUUCCUUUUCUUCCUGCCCUACCACAUGUCUGCUUGACCCAAUUCACUCACACCUUAAGCAGUCUCUCUAAUCUAUGAUUGUCACAUCCUUGACUUAAAUCUUCAAUCUCUCACUUUCCUCUGGCAUUUCCUCUUGUCCUUCAAACAUCCCAAUCAUCUAUCCUCAGAUAUAUCCAAAUCAUUUGAUUCCCUCACUUAAUUGUCCCUCACCCUUUUAGAUUGUAAGUUCAUUUUGGUAAAUCUUCACCUACUUUUCUCAUUUAUAAUUGUAAUAUUAGAAUUAUCUGCCAUGGUUUAUCUGUUGGGCAACAUUGCAGAAUAUGUGAGUGCUAAUCAUUGUAAUUGUAACUGUGCUCAUACUUCAUGAUAUCUUUGACAGUAUAUGACUCACGUCUACAUUUUACUUUCAUUGAAUGAGACAGGUACUCACUCCUGUUUAGAUUCCCAUUGAGCUUUGACAUCGUAUUCAUUAGUUUGACAAGAGCAAGAAGUAGUGGGAGCCCUGUUCAAGUGAAUUCAGGCCAUGUUGUAGCUCACUUAGCAUAGUAAAGGAAUAAUAAUAUACAAAAAAUAUUUUCCGCUUCCCCCCCCCCCCAAAAAAUCCAAUUUUUACAAAGUAUUACUUUUGUUUUUUGAACUCACUCAGUUUUCACAUUUUUUAUUUGUUCUUAGCUCAGAGGAGCAAAGAUGUAUAGCCUCUAAUAGCAAGAACAUACAGACGUAACACGAGGGAUUGCUGACGGAUGAUUGAUACUAUCAUAACAAUCAAUCACUUCCCAGCUGUAACACAUUAGUGGCAAGUUUAGAGGUAAGAUUAGGGGAAAAGGUAUACAUGUAAGAUAUUAUUGUACUUGAGAACAGUAGCAAAAUCCCCAUAUAUGGUGGUGAAACUAAUGGGAUACAUUUGGUCUGUCAAUUUCUCCAAAAUAAAACCGGUGUAAAAUAAACAUAAAACAUUUAAUAUUUUGACAGAGAUUAAGGAUAGUAUGGUUAAAUGGAAAGUGGCAAAACUCUCUUAAAUAGCUAUGGGGUGUAAAUUCUACAAAUAUAUAGUUAUGUGCAGUGGUUUUGGAUUCUUAGCUGUAAAACCAUCAUUCAGUUUUUGAAAUUCUAAACAUUUAUUGAUAUCCUAGGCAUACUGAGCAUUUUUAAUAAUCAGGGCUAAUUAGUGAAUCUAUUUUGAAUUAAUUUUCUUUUGUUGCAGUUGUGUAGAAAUGAUCAAAUGCAAAACUAAGAAGAAAUGUUUUUGUUUUCAUUGUUUCCUUUUUUUUUAAAUAUUUUAUUCAUAUUUAAUAUAGUGUUGUGAAUACAUUUAUAAUGUUAAAAUAAAGCCCUAUUUAACCUUCAAAAAAUAACAUAUGUGCACUUAAAAAGGGUUAAACUGUGGUAGAAUGAGCACCUGGCAAACAAAAAAGCCUUCGUUCUCAAAACCAACUUUGGUCCUUCAUGGGUUGAGGGACACCCAUCGAAGUGGAGUUGCAGUAGACGGCACUGUUUUCCUCCUCAAUUUUGGACCUACUGUUUAUGAAACACAGAUUCGCAAGCUGCAUCAAAGGGAUUCAUUAUUACUUUUUAAUAGUGUAGUUUUGGCAAAGGUUGUGUUUCUUAUUGAGCUUUCUAAGUAUUUUCUUCUUCCCAGUCUUUUGAGAUACUUUAACUCAUAAAUAUUAGGUUGAAAAUCCCAAUGACUCACUCACAGCUUUAUAAACCAAUCACUAGAUUUGCUUGCCUCGAGCCUUUUCUGCAAGAAACGUGUAAAAUAGACAGGUGGAACAACGAUCCAAUUAUAUUACAUUUUGAAUGGGUUAUAAGGGUUGCCCAAAGGUUUCCUUUUUUAAAAGACUGUACUCAUGAAGCCAAUGUAUUUAUGACCUUGUAACAAUUGCAGCUAGUGAUUGUUUUAUCAAAUUACCUCACCAAUAGCCUGAAGUCUGUUCCUAGAAUAUUCUUUGUUGAAUUCCAAGGAAUAAAUAAAUGCUGAGUACAGCAUACAUAACUGUAAAUAAAAAAUGAACUUCCUUUAACAUGUGUAGUUUUCGAAAACCAUGUUUAAAAAUAUCUAGAAAAAAAGGAGUUGAGGGCACACCUGAAACAUGCAGGCGGUGCUGCUGUAGAGACCAAAAUGUAUACAAAAUACAGAUUAAUAAAUGGUGCACACACAAAAAUAUAUAUAUUUUUUUAACUUUACAAGUCUACUUAAAAUCACCUCAUCAAACAAAUAUAGGGAUUCAGUUCCACCAUAUGGACAUAUUGUGUUAAACCCACCACUGUGCCACAUUUCCCCAAUAUUGGUGAUGUCCGGGUGACCAGCGGGAGGCAGGAGCACAGGAAACCUCUCUCUCUCGCCAGUAACACUCUGUAGACAUGCCCAAGUUACAUAGUUAGCCAGCUGUAUACUCCGGUGCCGGCUGAAUGAAAGGGGAAAUAAAAGUGUACAUCCACAAGGGGGUGGUUCGAGCAGUACGGAGCGGCCACAGCCAAUCACUUUAUAAGGAAAUACUUGAAGCUGUACAUUUUUAAUAAGCCUCUUGUCUAAUUUAGAAGCUACCACAAGUUUAAAUAGGUCUAGCAUCUUGACACCGUACACACUCUAAAUAGCUGGGUGCAUAAAUGUAGCUAUAGAUGUGAACUACUGUCAAAUUUUAAAGCUGCAGACCCACUGUCAAAUUGUAAUACCUCCGCUUCCUUAAGAGUCUGGCCAUACCUUAGCUCAUACCCACCUGAAAGUUCUAAACAUUUUUAAAGUUACAGUGAGAGGCCGUAUGUUGAAAACCUCAGUUCCCUUAAGAGCCAAAGGGAACCCUAACCAUAGCUUAGAAGGUAAGUUGGAAACCUUGGCUCAAUAGGGAGCCUAAACUUACCAUAGCUCAAGUGCAAAGCUAAUACAUCAGUUGCAUUAACAGCCUACUAAUACCUUUAUAAAUAUACAAGUUAGUACAGCAACACAAUCACAAGCCUACUUACCCUUCUAGUCAUCUCUUAAACAACCCUCCUUGGAAUACUAAGAGAACGGGAAAUUCAUCAGUUCUACAUUCUCAUAGCCAUUCUCCUAAUAGAAGGCAGCUCGAUACACAAAAAGGCCAGUACCAUGACUUCUAUCUAACCCUAUCAAUGCUUGAUCCAUUCUGUCACUGCCCACUAAAAGGUGAAAUAAAGUGGAAAGUGAAUAAAGAGUGGUCAAACCAAACACCCACAAACAUGCUCUGACACAUUUUUCAGUGCUCAAAUCUGGCACCUCUAUCAGGGACCCAUAGCAUAUUAAAAAGCAGCAUAGCUCACAUAGAAACAUAGAAUGUGACGGCAGAUAAGAACCAUUCGGCCCAUCUAGUCUGCCCAAUUUUCUAAAUACUUUCAUUAGUCCCUGACCUUAUCUUAUAGGCUUCUUUCAUUCUUUAAAAGUUCCCAAAAAUGUUCACAGCCAAUCCUCUUCUACUACAGCUACAUAAUUCGAAACAAGAACAUUUCACCACAUUGUGAAUGGGCUCAGAAAACCAGUGCCUAUUAUAUAUAUAGUGGGCAUUACCAGUUUUGCAUUGUAUGCUUGUUUCUUGUAAGAUGUCAGCCCCUUCAUAUGAGUUGCAACACCUCAACAUCUUCUAUGUUCCUGGGUACUGAAGACCAGCCUCUAUUACAUCACAUGAUGUAGGAGUUGUCAAAUGUACUAUCUGCACAUUUACAAUACAGAUGGGUAGGUUAACAAGAGACGGACCCUUUUUCUUUUUUUUUUUUUUUUAAAUCAGUCUCAUUGUGUAUUACUAAGCGGAGCUUGAAACAUUUCAUCCAAACAGAUAUAUUUAUAUUGUCCUCCCAGAAAAUGUAAUACAAAAUAUCCAGGGAAGGUCCCUUUGAAUAUUGACUAAGCUACAAUACAAAGUAUCCAGAAUCUCACUAUUCUAUAAUCAUAUCCCGAAUAAGAGGCCAUAUCUCAUAUCAACCAAAUGAAUGAACACACGUGACAUACUUUAUAUCCUCCUAUAAAAAUAAUAGUAAUCUGAUAAUAUAAAUGGAGUAUAAGAGAAACCUUCAUUGAGGUCCACGGGGCUCAGGGAUAUCAGCCUAUAUAUCCAAUAGCACUCUUUGUUUCUCAAAGUGACAUCCAAAUAGGGAGCAAUCACAUAGACAAACUAGAUGAUACCAAAAGGAAAGAGAAACCUGCACCUGCCAUCAUAUGAAGGCUUAUAGUAAUGAUAGUGGUGAAUACAGGGUGCUGUUAUUGAAGUACCUAGUGGCUUUGAUCCUUAUUUCUUGUAGGGUUCUAAGCCCACAUUUCACUAACUGUAAUUCUUAUGCAAUAUUGUUACCUCCAGCAAUAUUAUGUUGACAUUGCUGACCAGCAUCAUAGAGAAAGGUUACUUUGAUGUAGAUUAAUUAUUCGGUCUGAGAGAGUUACAUGGUCAGCAGAGAGGUGGUGAUAUGACAGUUUUACUAAACGCUAUUCAGGUCUCCUCCCUCGCCAUCUUCUAAUCGAUUUACUGCAUAGAAGGUGUAAAAGUAGGAUUAGAUGAAAUGUAAAUCAUAGAAAAAAAUGCGCAUGUAUGUUGAAAAUAAAUCAAAGAUUUUACCUGCGUGUUACAGAUUAUUCUUAUUGCAUCAUAUUCUUCUGGCUUGUCAUAUAUGUUGUGGUUUAUUUUAAAAUAUCUCAUUUUCUUUGUGUGAAUUAUACUUAGCAGCACAUUAAACAGGGAUCGGGAAGAUUAAUAUGUUCAUAAUUGAGAUUAAAUCAGGAUCAGUUGUUUCAAUAUGUUCAGUUUAUCAUGCAUAUUGUUGCCUUUUUAAAUGCAACAUAUAGAAGAAUCUCCUUCAUUUCAGUUGUGAACAUUUGCAUAUUGUUUUAACCACCAGCAUGAACGGUGUCACGCUGACUGUAUGGCUAUCCCAAUAAGUCAUAUCACACUAUGCUUCUACCAGUAAAACAAUACCGCCAAGCAUUACCAUUGAAGAAUCCUGCAGAGUUCUAUGUAUGAUUACUCUGACAUAAUCAAACAAUUUAACAAAGCAAUGGGAUACUAAGUUGUUUUGCUUGGAAUGUUUGUAGCAGAGAGAGAGAGAAGUAAUAGCAAUUUAUAGAUUAUCUUGAAAAAAUCUAACAUCGAGUACACAAAUGUAUUUAUGCAUUCUAAAAGCAUUGCAUAGAAAGAGUUAGGAAAGAAACCACAAUAAAUAUUAAAUACUUUUUUUUAGCAUGAUAAAAUGUGAACGUGUAGUUUAUAAUCAGAGCUUGUGUUAGGAAAGGGUAAAACGUACAAUAAAUGCAUAGUUGAGUUUUGAAUAGGAUAUUUUUAAAAAAAUAUUCACAACAAAAUACUUGUUGACAAACAAAGACAAAUGAUAUCAAAUGUAAAUAAUGCCCAUAGUUGUUGCCACUUAACCCACUGUAGCUACAUAAAUGGUCUUGGUGCUCGAGUGUAGAUUGAUUGUAGCUGUUACUUUACAUAUAUGCAGUAUGUAUGGUUUUUGUCUCUUGUUCAUGCUGAUAGUAUAAGCGUACAUACAGAUGCUCCGUUUCUGGUUAGAUUAAAUGAAAUUAGGAACUAUGAGAUCAUGUGAGAUCAGUCUUAUGGGUAGAAGCAUGCAUAGGAGGAAACCGGGUAUAACCAUUAAUUAUAGGAAUAUGUUACAAGCCCUCAAACAUUAAUACUGAUGGGGAAGAGCAACUGCUAUCUCCCAUUAAUAGGGCUGCAUAAUUGGGUAAUUUGUUCAUCAUGGGCAUGUGAGCUCAUUGAGUAGGGCCCUAAAUCCCUCUGUUCCUGUGCGUCAAAUUACAAAUACGUGUCUGUUAGUCCACCCAUUGUACAUCGCUACGGAACUUGUUGGCGCUUCAUAAAUAAUAACAUAAUAACAAUCUAUUCAAUGCUUUCCUAUGGAAAGGGCCUAAUGCGCUCAAAUCCGCACGUAUAUGUCAGAUGACGUCAGAGGAGAUGGAGCACAACCAAGUGCAGAGGAACAACAGCGCUGGAAUUGAGUGCAUAAAUAAAGGGGUUUUUUCAACUUUUAUCUUCCAAAGAGGGACGGUGCGAGGGAGUGGAGGACUAUAGAGCACUAUCAUUUACCUUUAAGAGAAACAGGUUUUUAAAUUUACUUUUUCAUGUCACAUUUAGUAGAAGUGCCAACUAGAAUAGAUUCAUGUAAUAGUAUAAUAUUCAAAAACAAAUACUCAAAGAGAUUAAGGUGAACACAAACAAAUAAUCAAAGAGUUUAAGGUAGCAUAGUAUAAUAUUGUAAGACUCUAUAUAACACUGGUGAUAAAAUUGCACUCACAGGAUUAAAAUUGAUUGCAGGCACAUAAAGGUAUCUGUAAAAGGUGAGGCCUUCUCCCUUUUCCACUUAGUACAGAAAAAAGAGAGGAAGAGAUACAUACAUAGUGUACAACAAUAAAAGUAAAAACGCAUUUUAUUUAACUUGCACUUACAAGAUGGACCAUGCAUAUCUUGCAUAUCAAAAUGUGGCUCCUUCAGGUUCAGCAUAGCUGAUAAAGUUGGUAAAAUUACUUCCAGGACAGUAACAGUACAAAAAUGGCAGAUGAUCCAAUAACUUAAAUAAAAUAAAUAUAAAACACUCAAAAGUGAUAUAAACAAUAAAUCGAAAUAAAAGUGAAAUAAAAUGCAAUAGCAAAGUCACAGUACGGCAUAAAUUCUUGGGAUGAAAAUAUAAUUUUGCCUCUUUAGAAAUCGCUGGUAAGACCACACCUUGAAUAUGCUGUGCAAUUUUGGGUGCCUGUUCUAAAGAAAGAUAUUAUGGCAAUAGAAAAAGUGCAAAGACGAGCUACAAAAUUGAUCAAAGGAAUGGAGCAUUUUAGUGACGAUGAAAGGUUAAAAAAUGUAAAUCUCUUUAGUUUGGCUAAACAGCGCUUCUGAGGGGAUAUAAGAACCUUAUACAAAUAAAUUCAAGGCCAGUACAAACCUUUAUCUGGAAAUCUAUUCAUAAACAGGGCUAUUCAUUGGACACGAGAUUAAGCAUUUAGGCUGAAAGAAAGGAAAUUUCAUCUAAGGCAAAGAAAAGGUUGUUUUUUUUACGGUAAGGGCAAUAAGGAUAUGGAAUUCUCUGCCUGAAGAGGUGGUUUUAUCAGAGUCCAUACAGAUGUUUAAACAGCAAUUGGAUAAAUACUUCCAAAAACAUAAUAUACAGGGAUAUCAUUUCUAAUUAGUGGGGUAACAGCUGCUUGAUCCAAGGAGAUAUCUUUGAGGUCAAGAAGGAAUUUUUUCCUAGUUUGUUACAAAAUUGGAAGCGCUGGAUUUUUUGCCUUCUUUUGAAUUAACAGAAAAAACAUAUGUGAGGAAGGCUGAACUUUACGGACGCAAGUCUCUUUUCAGCUAUGUAAUUAUGUAUGGGUCUCUAGACAUUGAGACUGGAAAGGUUUUUUCAAUUACAGCAGAGGAUAAAGUUCUUUACAGUAAGGACAAUACUGUUGUCGUAUCAGAUUCUAUAGAUAAUUUAAAACAAAUGCUAAGAUUUUUAGUUUUUUUUCAUAAACAGAAUAUUCAAGGAUAUAAUUGAUAUUCAUAUAUACAUGUUGUUGAUCCAAUGAGAAAUCAGAUUGCCAUUAUGGAGUCAAGAAAUAUUUUUUUCUCCUUUUUGUGACAAACUUGGAAGUGGCUACAAUUAUUUUUUUUGCCUUCUUUUAUCAACAGCAUAAAAUCAUUAGCUUCAGGACCGAACUUGAUGGGCUUGAGGUCUUUUUUUUUUAACUUGGGCAUCUAUGUUAAUAACCAAUAUUAAUUCAGAGUCCUGUGUGUAAUCUAAUAGGAAGAUGGACUGAAUGCAAUCCGCAGCCUCGUGCAAAAUCCGUCCUGAAAUCCAUUUGUUUUUAUUUAGAAUGUUUUAUUCUCAAGCAUAUUCUAACCAGCAGUCACAACCUUGAAAGGAACACUGUAGGCAUUAUUAUGGCUUUAUCUCAUUGAAGUAGUCAUGUUGUCUGAAGUCCUCUGGCGCCAUCAUUCUAUUCAGGGUUAAACCAGUUUAAAUGUCUUAGUGCUAAACAAGAAUCCCCAGCAUCCCAUCUUUUCUGUGCUGCUUAGACAAAUGAGAAAGCAUUAGCUUGAGCAACAAACAUGAUUUAAAACUGAUCGGGGGACUGCACCUAGGGACUACAGGCCUACAGUGUCCUCUCAACAUACACAUUGUCCUAAUAUUAACAUGCCCUGUAUAGAUAUAGCAAACGUUUCAUUGUAUACACCACAGGCCAUACUUGGAAGCAAAAGGAAUGUCACUGUAUUUUCCCUGGAAAAUCACUUUCUAGGUGACUCAAAUAAAAAACAGUCAAAACCGUUGCGCCACACAGCAUCUGACCAAAGUACCUUGUGGUUUACAUGUUCUAUUUUAGAUAUAAUUAUUUAAAACAGUGAUUCUAGACCUGGCCUCUUUCACGAAGCUCAGGUCAGUCAUCCACAUUUGAAAAAUAUCCUCAUUGUGAAAUGCAUAAUUAGCAUUAGUAAUACAUGCUCAAUCAGAUGGCCUUAUCUUUUCUGGGUCUCAGUAAGUGAAAGUCCUUCAUCAGUGCCCACCUGCCUGCCUGGUUAUUAACAACUGGUUUUAUAAUUGUUUGUAAUUUCAAUCUCUUUCUGUAAAGUUGAGUUAUUGACAUCAACACGUCUUAUACAUAUCAAAAGUGCACUUGUGCUGAUUAUAGGUGAAUUUUUCUUUGUUUAAAGUUUCAUAAAUGUAAUGGUUAACUCUUCAUUAUUAAGAUGAGUAGAUUUUAAAAGUAUUUAAUGCUGUUAAUCACUGUAUAGGAUAGAUGAUUCAAAGCACAUUUUCCUUGUAUAUUCAUAAACUUCCUGAAUGUGAUUGUUUUUGCCUGUAUUUUUUUUUUUAACAGAAAUAAAUGUAAUUCAAAAUUUGCUUAUGAAUAACAUUCAAAAUUAGAAGUCAAAAUAUGUCAGAAAAACACACACUCAUGCUUGGAAAAUGAAAACAGAUCCAUUGAUUAAUUUUUUUCUUGCAUUCGAAUAAAACAUAGAAUUUCAUCUCUUACGAGAUUCACAUGAAUAUACCCUGCAAGAACUCGUACUUUGGGCCAAUUCCAUGAAAAAAAAAAGGCAAAUUCAAGUAAUCACCAGCCAGCAGUUUCUCAGAGCUUGUUCAAAUGUAAUGCAGUUUAAUUAUCCCUUUACUUUAACAUAUCUUUUAACAUAUUUUUAUACUGCAACGUAUUUCAUUACACGGUGCUUUAAAAUAACCAUUUAUAUUCUUCUUCAGCUCUGUACUUUACUCUAUAUCUUAUCUAAUUUGCUUUCACGCUUAACAUUUUCUGCUUGUAUUCCUGAUUAUUUAAUUCUAUAUUAAAAAAAAUAACGUGAUCAUUUAAAGAAACUAAAAAAAAUUAUGGUUUUAUGUAUUCCUUACUAUAAAAUAUAUUUUAUACAUUUUUGAUUAAAUAAUUGCAUAUUUCAGACAAUGGGGAUUCUUGCCCAGUAAAAUAAAUUAGUGGCCCACAAGUUCUUAUAAACUCAGCCAUGUUCUUUUGAUCUUCAAUGUUUAAUCUCGGGGCAACCUGAGUUGUUGUGAGAACUGUAGCAAACAUCUUAAACAUUUGAAUCAUUAAGGUUAGUCAUUACUCUUACAGAUGUUUGAUAUGCAUUGUGAAAUCUAUUAAAUUAUUCAAUUAAGGUUACAUGAUCUUUUGUAAUAUAUAAUUCUAUAUUAUAUUUUUGCUCUUCAGGACAGAACAAACUGAAGAUGCAGAUGGACAAAAACAUUUCCCUCCUCUCCAACUUGUCCUACAUCUCCUCAUCUCUACGAAGAGAAGGCAAUAGAACGGCAGUCGAUAUUGCCCCACAGCAGGUGGUCGUCGGAAUGUUACUAACGGUCAUUGACUUGGUUACAUUUCUUGGUAACACUGUGGUGUUUAUUUGCCCUGCAGUGGAGAAGAGACUAAGGACUGUGACCUACAUGUUCAUCAUGUCCCUGGCAAUGGCCGAUCUACUGGUAGCUUGCUUGGUUAUGCCUUUUAGGUAAGAACAUUUAUCUUUGCUUUUUGCAGAGUUGUGUAUACUUUAAACCACCUGGGAUUUUGCAUUGCAAAGAUAAUUCAUGGAGUGUUGUUAGAACAAUUCAUCUAAAAACAUUUUUCUAAAGAUCAUAAAUUCCUACCAAUGCCCUAGGACAGAGGUAGACAACCAUCAGCACCCCUGACAAUUGCCAGCAUGCUGGCUGUAAGAACAUUAUGGGAGAUGUAGUCCACAGCACCUGGAGUCCCAAUGGUUUUCUACCCCUGCCCUAGGUAGUGGUGAAUGGACAAGAAGUCACUUAAGAAGGAACUUCCAAACAUACAUUAAAAGAGGCACUUUGCCUGCACCAGUGUAUAUAUAUCAUUGUACUUCCAUGCAUGUGAGCAGGUGUGUGAUUGGAUUUUAGUAAUUAUUAUUUCAGGAAAAAAAAUCAUUAUUUAGUUAUGAGGAAUGUGUAUUGACAGAAAUGAAGAGGUUAAUACACUUUCAUACAAAUGCAGCAGUGAAUUUUACAUGUAUAUAGGACUAGAACAUUUCUGUAUUGUCAUCCACAGUGCAGACACAACAAACACAAAGUUCACAGAUUAAAUGUGGGGGCCGUUACACAGAUGACGCUAAGCUUUAAGUGUUUGUUUUUUUAUAUUACAUUUUAAGAAAAGGGCAAAUGUCCAUCUCUUGCAAUUUUUUACAAUGUUACUAGUAUUUUUUUUCUUCUAAAAGGUGCUGUAUUUUAUUAUCUAUUGUCAUUGUUUCCUGAAUGUGUACUCUGAAUUCCUGUUUUUCAUGGUUAGACUAAUGCUUUAUAGGUUCCGAAUAGGUUAGGGGAUUACAUAGAAAAAAGGCUGAGAUCCAAGGGAGAAAGAACUCUAACUAAUAAUGAGACUGCUUAUUCAGAAUGUGGGAAUCCAGUGCUGUUAUGUGGGUUUAUUAAUUCCUGUUUACAUGCCAAGAUGAAACUAUGGAAAGAGAAAGGAAUGCCAAAUGUGUGAAAUCUAAUAAGGGGAAUGGAAGAAACUUUUCAUUCAAAAGAAGGAAAUGUUCAAUUUAGUUAACAUCAGCAUCCCAUUGCAGUUCUACAAUAAAAGAACUAUAAGUAAUCUGCCACAAGUUGCACUAUAGAGUGAAAUGAUCAAUUUAACUUUAUAAUAAUGCUGAGGUUGGUAACUAAAUUCCCAAUUUUUGGAGGAAAAGUGAUUGAAAUGAAGGUGUUAAACAAGCAGCGAGGGAAGAUGAGUGAAAAGCAAGAAAUAGAAAUGUCACAAAGGAACUGAAAUAUGAGGCAGGUUGUUUCUCUAUAUUAAUUCGGGUAGAGACAUACAGUGGUAAAUAUUCAUCCUUGAAUUAGCUAUGAUUUAAUUAUUGAUCCAUUUAGCAAUUGCACUCGUUAUAGCAUUCUGAGAGUGUAAUCACAUUAGCACAUUGUUUGACAUUCUUUAACACGAGGAUUUAAAUUCCCCAUGUCACCGUAUUUGAAAUUACAUGUUAAUGUGAUUAGUUGACUCAUGUUUGCCUGUUAUUUCAAAUUGUUCUAAUGCAAGGCAAUUAAACCCUUGUUCCAAAGCAAAAGAGCAGCAUGAGGGGGCGGGCCUGACCUUUGAGCAGUGUAGACGCAGGUAGCACGAGCUCACACCUAACUUGGAAAUUUCGGGGUACCCACAGCUGCUCAAAAGCAAAAUACUUACUGUGGUUCACUUCCCACGUUGGGGGUGCACCACUGAAUUGACUGACCCCUCAUCUGAGCUUGUCACGGCUGGAAGACCGGAAUGCUGCACCACAGCCUACUAGAGGUGGAGCUGGGGAGAGGCAGAUGCUCUUCCCACCCUUCUACUCGCCAAGCUACUCGGCCAGACUCCUUCCUCCCCCCCAUCCCUUUGGACCGAUGGGGGUUUUCCCGGUCCCCACUAGGCAUCCGCCUGUACACAGCCUGGUACAAAGAGACUACUGAGGCCAAGCGACAGGAACUACUGGGCCACAUGCGCAUCGCAAAGAUGGUGGCCGCAUGGAGACCAGAACUCUGGGCCCCCCGCGAAAACCGCAUAUCAGCAGCCUUUGAUCACUUUUGGGCACAAUUAUGGGCUAAACUGGCUGAACAGGCACGGACACCUGCAGAUACAGAUGUCUCUCGACAGCCCACUGCUCCAACUGAAGCAAAGCCUAAGCACAACCACAAAGUCAAAACUCUGACCUUGAAGAAGCCAGAGAGGGGGCGAAGAACGUGCCCUGACUCAAAAGAUGCCACCCUGCCAUCAACCACCACCUAUAUGGGCCUUAUAGGAGGGUAUAGGGGUAGUGUCUUCUUAGAAUAUGGGGGGUGAAAGGAUGGUAAUGUACAAAGAAGAGACUAUAUGCAUGAUGUCCUUGCAAUGUACAAUACUGCUUGUCUUAUGAUUUAUCUAAACAGACAUUAACACUUUUACUUACCCACAAGCAUGGCUGAUCCAAAAAUUAUGAAUGCCUUCUUGUUUUUACUAUACCAUCAUAAUUAAAUGACCACCUUCUGUCCCAGUUACUUAGCUCUAAUUCUCCCAAUAAAAGACACACAUAGAUCUGUGAAUAUCUUUCUAUAUCCAGAAAUUGAUCAUUUACGAUAAAAUACAUAACUCUGAGCCCAAAUUAAACAAGCCAUCUUUUCCAAGUUGGAAAAAGUACACAAUUUGCUUUCUUUCAAUUGAAAACAUAUCUUUUAUUCGCAAAGUCCAAAACAUUAAUGUACUAGUUGAAACACAGGGUUCACGACAUGUGAAAUAAAAUAGUUCCAAACUAUUCCUUCUUUUGUUUUUUAAUGCAUUAUACACUGAAAAAAAAUUACAUUUAGAAAUAAAUCCUUUCUCCAGCAAUGAUAAUGGGCCAUUAAACCCCCCAAUUUAUUUCUGUAACAGAAAAAUGAAUCCAGUAGAGAUUUUCGUCCAGUUUUCCAUUACCUGAACAUUUCUAGCCAUUGUUUCGGAAAGAGAAAGCUAUUUAAUCCCUGGAUAUAACACAGGGACAUGCUGAGGUACGUUUCAAUUAUAAUGUUUAAGGCUGUUGCUGGAGGCUCUGGUUAUUAUAUAAUUUAAAUUAAGCAGUGGAAACAUGGGUCCAAUGGAUGGAAAGUGACAUCAAAAUGGAAGUGCUGGCUAUGGCCUUUUUCCUAGCUGGUAUCCAGGAUGUAUCUACGCGUGUCUAUUGAGACACGUUUGAUUAUUUGUGAACUUCUGUCUUGCUCGAUGCCUUGAACGCAGGUAAGAAUGGAAAGAGAAGCAUCUGGUAGUUUUCUUUUGUUUUCCUCUGAUAAUUCAAGGGGCAAUAUCUAAUAUUACAAAAUCUAAAUUAGAAGUACCUGAGCUGGAGGCAAUUGAGUUAAUUGGGCCUGUGUGUUAAACUGUGUGCAUUGUGGUCAGUAUUCUGUAGGACAUCGAGAAAUGUUGAGGGAAAGCUAUGACAUGUUAAAGUAACAUUCCAAGUACAAAGCAUUCACGACACACAAAUUAAGCAAGUAAGCCUGAAAUAAAUUCCAUCUAUGAAUUUUAAUAGAUAUGAUAGCAAAUAUGUAGAUUAGUAAAAAGAUCUAUUCAUAAAAUAUGGUCUCUCCAUCACCUGUCAAUCAAUUCCCAGCGCUGAGAGCUAUCCCAUUGGCAUAUACCUAUGUGCAAACUAGUGAGUGACAGGCCAGAGUAGGAGAACCCUUCUACAUGUCAAUCAUCUGUUCUUCAUCCAAAACAAACUACAGCCCAUGUACUGACAUUUUGAUGAUGUUCUGCUGAAAAGUUGUAAAUGUGAACAGAGUGAUAGAUGGUAGUGAAACCAGUGUAUCAUUAAUAACCUAAGAGCACUGGAGAGGAGGUGGUUUCCUUAAAAACAAUAAAAUACAUACUUUAUCACAUAUAUUAAGUACAUACAGAUUUUUAGUUAUUUAUUUAUUUGCAGAAGACGAACCUGUUAGAACUAUUUUACCCCAAAUGUCGUCAUUCCAGUUUUAAUUCACAUUUUAAAUGUAAUUUACAGUAAAAGAUAUGUAAUAGCUGAAAAACAAUGUUAGCCAGCAAAAUGUAAACUCUACACUUAUUGAACAGGAACUAAACCUCCCCCCCCCCAAAAAAAAAGCAUAAAUUAGAAACCAAAACAAAUAUAUACAUUACUUGAACAUUUUAGAUCUUAACUGCUGUCUUCGUGAUCUAUUACUCUUGUGCUUUAUUUUCUCUUAUUUUCUAUUCAUUUUACCAUUUUCAUCUUUGUAAAUCUACUAUGAUUAUUAUACUUUUAACUGCAUAGCAUUCGAUGACUAACCAAAGCUAUAUUAGCCAAUAUUGUUACCUCUUGCCUGUUACAUAGAUGCACAUUGUAUCACUAUGCAGCCAUACUCAUAUGCAUGAAUACUUAAUCAGAACUCAAAUACGUAGCAUUCUAGUAUGUGUCAUUCAUUCCAUUUAACAGAAUUGCACAAUUCUGACUGUGUGAGACAAGAAUGGAAUAAACUGUCAAAUUGCCAUGUAGAGAUAUAUCCGACACCCAAGGCAGGCAUUGUAUUUCCUGUUUUAAUGCAUCAAGGACAACUCAUUCACACUUUUUACAAUCUAUUUAUUCUAUACUUAUCUUGUGAUUCAUUUUACACAAUACAUGUGGGUUUUUUUUCUCAUUCAACGUAUUUUAGUUUAGUAAAAAAAAAAUUAAAAUAAUAUUAGCAUGUAAAAGAGAUUAAAUUAUAGAAAGCAUAUCUCUCCAGCUAUAGAAGGUGCAGUGACUUGUAUUGUUAUAACACCUAUUAGGCUGCAGUAAAACUAUGUUGAAAUCUAAUCGUUUUCCUUAUCAUUAUAGAUGGAUCUCACAGCUCUUCCUCACACGUUUGCAGUAUUACUGUUACUGCUUAAAGUGGAACUAUAUGUUUUUUGUUUUUAUUGAUGUAUAGUAGGUAUCUUGCAUUACAAAAUAUUGUUUUGGGUUUUUUUUUUUUGCAGUUUUACUAAACAGCAGAAGAGUAAAUAAACCAAUGUAUCUCUACCAGCAGAGCCCUAUAAUAUGCUAAUAAUGUGAAUGUUCGUUUUUCAUAUUUAGGAACCUUUAGUCAUGCUUUCGAUUAUUUCUCCAGAUUUGCCCAAACCAUGAAAAGAAGGUCAAGUGGUUUAAAAAUUGGAUUACUUUACAUAAUCUCCACAAUUUUAUAUUUUUUAUAACCUGAUAUUUCUAUAAAUGGGUGUUGGAGUAACUUGCAACAAGAAUGGAGUACAUAUGUUUGAUAAAGUGAUUACUUUGAACUUGCUUUCACAAAUACAGCAGUCUUACUCCAUCCUGGUCAACACAAGAAUGAAAGACAGUAAGAAUUGGUCUCUAUACUAAAGACUCAAAAUAUUGGAGAUCCACUUUUGUAAUUACAGAGACCUAAGGUGGCAGCAGCACUCAUACUGUAUUGUGAUUAUGGUGCUCUGGACCUGCUCGUGAUAGUGAUGGGCUUCAUAUAAGAGCAGUCAAGACAUGCCAACUACUGGGAUAUCCUGGACCAAUGGGAUAUCCUGGACCUCAUCAAAUAUAUCCUAGGUUACUUAGCACAGAUAUCGCUACUGUCAUGGAGACGAUCCUUACAGUGAUAGGCAGAGAUAACAGGUGUAAGAGAGAAGGAUGCUGAUUUUUGUAGCCAUGUUAAUGCAUUAAAUAUCGAGCUACAAAAGAUGCCCACCUUGCCUCAUAGUUGGACGCCCUGAAUGAACAAAGCUGUAAAUGGAACCUUAAGAUCUGUUCGAAUGCCAUAUCGGUUUAUAUAAGAGGGCCACCUCAUUUUAUAGCACACGUGAUAUUUAGAGCCCCGUGUGAACCAAUGUCUUGAAAUGUUGUAGUUCAAACUCACAACAAUAAAAUUCCUAUCACAUUGGCGAUGAUAGACAAUAUACCAUUUACGAGGAAAAAGAAAGGGGGUGUACCAGCGCAAAAAAUUCCCCAACCAGUGAACUAUGUAUAAAACAGGGUGAGCUGCUAGGUACAUAUUGUAUUUAAUAACCUUUGAAACAUAUUGUAUUUAAUAACCUUUGAUCAUUUAUUUACUUAUUUUUUAUAAAUCUAUCUUUUUAAGAAGAGCAAUAACGACAUAUAUUGGUAUUUGACCAUAAUAAGCUAAUAUAUUUCUGUAAAGUUACCACCUUUUUAAAAAAAAUAUAUAUAUUCAUGUCAUAAGUAGAAAUAAAAGAAAAGAUAGGUGGAAAGUUUCAGAAUGUAAUUUAAUCAGUAUUAGCCUUAUUGUACAAUUAUAAGGCUUAUUUACAUUUGAAAAUGAAUGCUUAUCAAUCUUAUACAUGUGUUAAAUCCAUCUAUACUUGUAUCUUUCUUUAAAAAUCGCUGAUCCGGAAACCCUGGGGAAAUAAAUGGUGAACCGCAUGGUGGAACGCAAGGAAGUGACGUAUCGGCGAAACCGGAAAUGACGCGACGGAGCAAAAAAACAGGAAAUAAACAGCAGAAAUGGCUCGAAACGCAGGGCGUCACCGUUUCUAUGGUGAUUGCCCGCGAAAAUACAAGCCUGGACACCAAUUAUUUCACCCCUUAGAGGGGUACAUAUAGCAGGGAUGAUCCAUUAGAGGUCUGAAUCACCAUAUCCAGCUGAGGAAGCCUGCAAGGCGAAACGCGUACUGGAGAGACUGUGAGACUAUUGGACUUUUGGAUUUUAUGCCAAUUUGAUAUUGUUUUUUAUUGUUUUUUAUAUAUAUAUAUAUAUAUAUAUAUAUAUAUAUAAUUUUAUACAUUUAUUGUUACAAUAAAAUUAUUACUCUUUUACAUUAUAUAUUGGCAUUUCCCCUGCUAUUUUUCAAAGAAGGUGUGUGGUUCUUAACUACACAGGUGUGUGGAUUAGAGCCGAUCUGGAUGACUCUAAUUUUGUGAGUAUUAUAUUUUAUAUUUAUCUCACAUUAAAGAAUUACAGUACUGCACCAUAUACGUUCUCUACUUUCAUAGGAAAUCAAGGAUACCUAUACACAAGAAGGGUGAGGGUCGCCUUUACGGACCCCAAGAGUGCUGAUAUUGAGCUAUUCCAUAUUAGCUCCUAAAAUUGUGAGUGGGAAAUUUUCCCUUCCUAAUAUUUUAUAACGGACUAUAUUACGCAGUCUGCACUAUGUUUGGUUUGUCUGUUUUUUAUGUCUUGUAGAAUUUAUACCCUAGUGUGAAUAUAAAGACUUAAAGAAUAUUCAAGGUAUUACUAUUGUACAUCAAGUUUCCUAUUACUACCUUUUACCUGUAAAUAUAGCGCUACACCUCGAGAUUUUUUGAAUAUACCAUUUACAUUUGGAGCUCAGCAGAUUAUUUUUUCAUGACUUGAGGUCUUCCUCAAUGCAGCGGAGAUACACCUUCAGUAUAUCAACUAAAAGGCUUUGGGAUUCCAGUCUGGCAUACAACUGAGACGUUAUUUUAGAUAAGAGCAAGACAAAACUAGGUUAACAUUAACUUCAUAUGCAAUAUUUAUUAAGACAGUAAUGGCUGUCAAUGAGCUUUUAACUGUGUCAAAUCGAUCACAAUCCCACCACUGUGACACACUAAAAAUGGUCUCAUGCCAUACACUAAAUGCUGAAGUAUUCAUGCAAACAGUCUGCUGUCAAGAAGUUAUAGACAUUGUAACAAACAUUAAAAACGAGUUUUUUAUGCAAUUCUUUAUUUUUAUCUUACUCCACUCAUGAGUAUGACAACCGAGUGACAAUGUCAGAAGCAUAAGCAGAGAAUUAACAUUGAAACUGAUAUAGGUGGCAAGUAGAGAGUGUUUUUUUUGUUUUUUAUUUUUCUUCUUCAUCUGAAAUCAGCAUAUAUGGACUUAGCAGAGUAAAUAAUUGAGUCACCUUUGAAGUGGCUACGUGGUAGCCUAACUAGGCCUGUUUUUGGAUAGUGUCCAGGGUGAAGUUAUGAAUUAUAACCCAGAGGGUCAACAAGUGCAAAGAAAAUAAAAUUAGCAAUUUAAAAGUAAAUAGACAACUGAAAAUUACAUCCCUCAAACUAAACUUGAGUUUCCCCCACCCUGCCAUGGGGAAUAGGGCUUUAUCUUGUGUGGUUUGAAAGCAGACAAUAAGGUCAGCUGUAGCAGAGUUUGGGGCAGUCAGUGGCUUUGGUAAACAGAACAUGCCAUCCAUUUUCAUAUUUUUUGUAGUAGGGCUACAAAGAGCCAUCUGAAGUAGUGGGGCAUUUUCUUAGCUUGAGCUUCAGGGAUGUCUCUAAAUUUCAGGUGUAAGCAUCUCCUCUAGUAUUCCAGCAUCUCUACCUGUGCCUCUUUGUCCCGCUGAACCUCAGCAUCUGCUCCAGCCUUGAAUCCUGGACACUAGUUGUGAUAUCCACACAGGUCAUUUUCAUGGUGGCACUUGUGAGAUGUCUUUUGCAAAGUUAGAGCACAGUUCCCCAGCAUGGUUUUAAAAAGUGCUGCAGUAGCUGGAUCCUGAUCUUCAGCAGGAGAAGAUCUUACCCUUGGCGCUGGACAGAAAGAUGCACCUCCCAGAUCCACUGCAAAGUCGUCUGAUGAGUAAUAGGAUCAGUCUUCAACCAUGUGGCCUGUUGAAAAUACCUAAGGAGAUCGCCAAUAUCUUGGAUGGUGUGUGCCUUUCCCACCUUGUAUUUUUUUCAUUUUGUGGCCCAUGGGGGUGAGUACGGACGAGAGUGUGCUCCCCACUCAUCAGGAGAAUAACUUUUGCAAAACUUUGUAUUUUUCUGUAGUAUUUCAUCAGAGCUCAAAAAAAGUGCACCUGCAAUGGUCCAUUGCUUACUCCCUCCCUCCUCCCCCCAAUGGGAUGCUUUUCUAUCAAGAAAACAAUAGGCCAAACUUUGUUUUUAGUGUUAAUACAUAAGCCAAUAUAUAAGUAGUACAAACAACCCAAACACCUUCUCUUGCUUGAUGUGUAAAAGCAACAUUAAGUUUAUACAUUACUACACUACACCAACUAAAGGACAACGGUAAGAACUGUAACUAAAAUAUAACUUGGCUAAAUUGAUAACAUAACAAUUCAAUAUGUCCACAAUACCUAAAUUGGACCUUAAAGACAAACAAUACAGUUUUCAUAUGCCACAUAGGUUAAGCAAACACUAAUUAUUAGCAUAAUUGAUUUGGUUGUCCAUAAAUUUCAAUCAUAAACCCUUUAAAGGAACACUAUAGUCAUCUAAAUUACUUUAGCUAAAUUAAGCAGUUUUAGUGUAUAGAUCACUCCCCUGCAAUUUCACUGCUCAAUUCACUGUAAUUUAAGUGUUAAAUCACUUUGCUUCUGUUUAUGCAGCCCUAGCCACACCUCCCCUGGCUAUGAUUGACAGAGCCUGCAUGAAAAAAAAAAAAACUGGUUUCACUUUCAAACAGAUGUAAUUUACCUUAAAUAAUUGUAUCUCAAUCUCUAAAUUGAACUUUAAUCACAUACAGGAGGCUCUUGCAGGGUCUAGCAAGCUAUUAACAUAGCAGGGGAUAAGAAAAUCUUAAUUAAACAGAACUUGCAAUAAAGAAAGCCUAAAUAGAGCUCUCUUUACAGGAAGUGUUUAUGGAAGGCUGUGCAAGUCACAUGCAGGGAGGUGUGACUUGGGUUCAUAAACAAAGGGAUGUAACUCCUAAAUGGCAGAGGAUUGAGCAGUGAGGCUGCAGGGGCAUGUUCAAUAUACCAAAACUGCUUCAUUAAGCUAAAGUUGUUCAGGUGACUAUAGUGUCCCUUUAAAGGCACCAUAUUUGUUUUCUUGUGCUAUAGGCCCAUAAAGCUCCUCAUCUCUAGAUUAAAAUCAAAAUUAUAUCAACACAAAGUAAUGAAAGAGGCAAAAAGAGUGAGAUGAGGUACACGAGAAAAUCACAGAAAUAUAAAAAAUAAAUCACAGUUGAAUCUUUGUUUUAAAACAAUUACAUUUUCUGACUGUGGAAGUAUUACCAGAAGAAAAAUGGUAUGUGAAAUUUUAAUCGUGAUCACUUUGAUUAGGUUAUAAAUCAGUAACUGACAUUGGAUUAUAAUCUAGGCCGUAUCAGAUGCUAGAAUGUGUUACUACCUAUAUCGGAGAUGUCAGUAAUAUCACUGCUAGAGAAGGACUAGGGUGAUCUAUCUCUCUCUCUCUCUCUCUCUCUCUCUCUCUCAGUUUUUGACAAGUCUCAGAUGUAAUUAGAUGUUACUAUGAUAUUUUAUCAUGUACCUUAAGUACUACCUAUCUAUGAUUCGAUUUGUUAUCUUUAUUUAACAGAUUUCACAUUUUUCCCUUUUAGAUGCCUUUUAUAUGUAAUCAUUUUUCUUUCCUAUUUUUUUUUCUUUUUUGGCGUUUUAAUUUUGGCUAGACGCUGCAUAGUGCAUCAUGGAUCUCCCCUGCCAGCCCAUGCAGAGCCAGCACUAUCAAAGUGCUGGCCUUGCUGUGUGCCUUCACAGGCCAGUUGGGAGAUCAAAUAUCUCCCUUAUUGGCCCACUGGCACUGUACUGCAGGAGAGGAGAUGGAAGGAGGACCGCGGAGGCUCUGGCCUACACCUUGGUGCUGAAAAUUCCUCUCAUGAGCUAGAAGAGAUGCCACGGAUUACCAUGUCAACACUCCAAUACAGCACAAUGCUGGAGCUUGCGAGACGAGUGAAUGCUUCCUGCAGCCAGAAGAGUUGCAGGCUAGAGUCGCUCACUACAACCGAACCACCAGGAUUUUCAAGAAGAAGGGAGUGGGGAUAUUACAUUUUGUUUUUUAAUAAUAAACUAAAUACAUAUAUAUAUGCUCCCAUUUCACCCUUUCACACACAAUACAGGCCCUUCACACACUGGUCCCCCUAAAGACCCUACAUCCCUUAUGCACACACACAAUUUCAGAUAAACACACUACAUCUGGAUCUCCUACACACACUAGAUCCCCUUUCCACACUCUGGAUUCCCUAGACACACUAGAUCUCAAAUAGACCCACUGCACACACCUACACACACACACAUACUACAUUCAUGACAUGCAAACUACACACUCCAGAUCCCUUAUGCACACGCUAGAUUCUCUGUAUGCAUACACACACUACAUUUCUUAAACAAAAGCUCUAUGCAGCUCCUACCCAUACUAAAUCACUUAUACACACAUAAACUACAGCCCAUAUUCUCACACUCACUACAUCACCUUGUGACAUCUGGUAUCCAACUUAUGGAGACACCAGAGACAAGUCACAAGCAAACACAGCCAGGGACAGAUUUCGCAUAAGGCAACCGAGGCUGUGGCCUUGCGGUGGCAGGCAUGAGUGGGGCAGCGUGGCUGGUGGGGGGAUCAAAGAUCUCCCUUAACAGCCAGCCCAUUCUCAUGCUAAUGGAGCAGUAGCUGUGCUGCGCCCAGCCCCUGCGAAAAGGAGAAUACUAACCUGCUUGUUCUCCUUCCCGGCAGGCUGCUGGCCUGCUGUGAAGUGGCACAGCUUAAGAUUCUCUGAGCCACUGGGCCGAUCAAAAAAACGUGGGUAGAGCUAUCACAUUACUGGUGCUUCCUCCCUCCUUUCACAUGCAUACACCAACUCUCCACACGCACAGCUCUGCACACAAAAUAUAUGCACACAAACAUGCACUCACACAUUUCCAAUUCACACCAAUACACUGCUACAUUCAUGGUGCAGUUUGUGAGUUUUAUUGCUGUGGAGCUCUUUAUUUAUUGAAGUCCAGCCAGCCUUAACCCACUGAGACUGGGGGCCAGGCACCCACAAAGAUAGACGCAGUGAGUAUGUGUAUGCAUGGGUAAAUUAGUGUGUGUCUCCAUUGGUGAGUGUGUGUGUGAAUAUGCAUGUGUCUUAGGAAAGGACAUAUUUCAUUUCAACAGUACUUUUAAAUUGGGAGUAUCAUGCAUGUGUACAUAUAUGAUGUGUAUAUUAGUGUAUAUCAUAAUAAUUAUAUGCAGUGUGUAUAUAUAUAUAUAUAUAUACACACUGCCUGGCUCCCAAAAAGUCACCACCUGAAAAAAAGGUCAAACACUCUAAUAUUUCGUUGGACUGCCAUUAGCUUUGAUUACGGCACGCAUUCGCUGUGGCAUUGUUUCGAUAAGCUUCUACAAUGUCACAAGAUUUAUUUCCAUCCAGUGUUGCAUUAAAUUUUCACCAAGAUCUUUUAUUGAUGAUGGGAGAGUCGGACCACUGCGCAAAGCCUUCUCCAGCACAUCCCAAAGAUUCUCAAUGGGGUUAAGGUCUGGACUUUGUGGUGGCCAAUCCAUGUGUGAAAAUUAUGUCUUAUGCUCCCUAAAGCACUAUUUGCACAAUUUAAGCCCGAUGAAUCCUGGCAUUGUCAUUUUGGAAUAUGCCCGUGCCAUCAGGGAAGAAAAAAUCCAUUGAUGGAAUAACCUAGUUAUUCAGGUAGGGAGCUGACCUCAUUCUUUGAGCACAUAAUGUUGCUGAACCUAGACUUGACUAACUGCAGCAACCCCAGAUCAUAGCACUGCCCCCACAGACUUGUACAGUAGGCACUAGGCAUGAUAGGUGCAUCACUUCAUCUGCCUCUCUUCUUACCCUCAUGCACCCAUCACUCUGGAACAUGGUAAAUCUGGACUCAUCAGACCACACAACCUUCUUCCAUUGCUCCAGAGUCCAACCUUUAUGCUCCUUAGCAAAUUUAAGCCUUUUUUUUAUUAGCCUCACUGAUUGGUUGUUUUCUUAAGGCUACACAGCUGUUGAGUCCCAAUCCUUUGAGUUCCCUUUGUAUUGUGCAUGUGGAAAUGCUCUUACUUUCACUUUUAAACAUUGCCCUGAGUUCUACUGUUGUUUUUCUACGAUUUGAUUUCACCAAACAUUUAAGUGAUCGCCGAUCACGAUCAAUCAGGAUUUUUUUCCAACCACAUUUCUUCCUCGAAGACGAUGGUUCCCCACUAUCCUUCUAUUUUUUAAUAAUGCAUUGGACAGUUCUUAACCCAAUUUUAGUAGUUUCUGCGAUCUCCUUAGAUGUUUUCUCUGCUUGAUGCAUGCCAAUGAUUUGACCCUUCUCAAAUAGACUAACAUCUUUUCCACGACCACGGAAUGUUUCUUUUGACAUUUUGUUGUUUAAGAAAUGAGAAGCUACUCGUUGCAUCAGUAGGGGUUAAAUAGCUUGUUUCCAGCUGAAAGAUAAUCGCCAAUGCAGUAACUAUCCAAUAGGAGGCUCUUACCUAUUUGCUUAGUUAAAUCCAGGUGGCAACUUUUUUUUGGCCAGGCAGUGUGUCUAUAUAUAUAUAGUGUUCAAGUAGAGAUUGUAGCCAUAUUAGUCCAGCGAUGUAGAUGUCAAAAACAGAUACAAUUCUUAUCUUGUAAUACCUUUUUUAUUGGACUAACAGAAUUUUUCUAAGAUAUUUAUGACCCUCUGUGAGAACGGUGUCCAUUUUCUAUCAAACCUGUGUCUUAUCUGCGAUGUGUCGUCUUGCUCAGAAAUGCUUCAGACUUGAGAAAGGGAGGUUCUCCCGAAAGCUUGUCAUUAAAAAAAUUCUGUUAGUCCAAUAAAAAGGUAUUACAAGGUAUCUGUUUUUUACACACACAUGUGUAUAUAUAUAUAUAUAUAUAUAUAUAUAUAUGUGUGUGUGUUAUAAAAAGAAUAUAAUAUAUAAGGAAACUGGCAUUAGGGAUGCAUAAAGGGUAAAUCUGGCACUAAACACUACGCAAGCGUGUCAUUAAAUUUGCUUGAGCUGUCCAGAACAAAUACAGAGUCUUUUUCUCAUGCAAAACCUCUUCAGCAGAGCUCUGCGCAUGGUCUGCACAGGAACAUUAUAGUAAGUGGGGCAUGCUUGUCCUUGGUGAUGACACAGCACCCCUGGGCCCUCCACAUUAUUUUUCCCAGUACGGCAUUGUUCACUAGAGGUGAAUUUCCACUCACCAUCAGCUAGUGGUCAGUGGAAAUUUUUUAAUGCUGAUAAUAUUUUAUUAAAAGGUUUAGUUUGUUACAAAGCAGCUGGAGUGUAAAGGGACGACCUGUUUCUAACAUUCCAGCUGCUGUGGAAUGAAACGCCAAACACAUGCUAAAACACUUCUCCUCCCUUUACUUUCCUACUCUGUAGGGCCGAGGAUGAGUCUACUCUUGUGGUUCUCAGUAGAGCUAACCUGAUUUAAGUAAAGAAGAAAACUACAAUCCCAGUGGGAUUUAGGUAAUUUGUCAGCCUGUACUAAAGUUGUUUGACAUAUGUUGCCUUUGGUCAAGUGCCACUGGAAAGGAACCAGCUUGAUUUCCUAGAGGGCUUAAAUGGAUUAAACAGGGACGCAGGAACUGCCUCACCCUACCUUACCAUCUUUGAGCAGCGAGGGCUCUCUCCCUCCUCCCUUCUUACCCAUGGCAGAUGAAUGGGGCCAGGGCACUCCUUGCACCAUAAGCACUACAGAGGGAGCCAUAAUGCCAUGAGCCUCUGAAUGCUGAAUACAGAAACUAGCUUUCUGAAUACAGCACUGUGUUGGCCUGCCUUCCAUUCAACCUGACCCCUUUUUUACAUCAAUAGUACUGGUGGAUGCAUGGCACCCUUCCCUUGCAAAGUCUGUGAGGCAAGUGUAUUGUGUCCUCUUCUCCUCCUGUCUGCUCCAUGAACAGAGGAGCAGUCAGAAUGUGAAAUGGCCAGUGUGUGGUUUUGUGUCUGUGUAUAUGUGUGUGCAUGUCCAAAGAGACUCUGUUGUAGUAAGCAGCAACAAAUAUGACAGGGACAAUAAAGGGACAAACUGAGUAGAUCUGGAACAGGGAAUAGAUGGGACCAAUGUGAGAGGAUUAUUGGAAUAAAUGGGGGAAAAUUUCAGUUUUGCAAAUGGCUUGAUGGUGAAGAGGUUAAACAUAAUCGUUUCAUCAAAUCCAGCUAUUACUAGACUAACUUUCAGUCUCUCAGUAUAUAUUUCAGUGUUCUAAUAAUCAUUGUCAGUUCAUUAAAAAAAAAAUAUAUAAUAACAUAACAUAUUGCGCUUGUCAACAGACCCAAACUUUGAACACAAAAGGAGAGAGACAUUUCAAGGCUUUAUAGCCACUAAUGGUGACAUGUUCUUUAACGAUGCUGGCUUGUCAGUGUGUGCUUGGAAACAUCUGCUGUCACUUUAAUAUUCAAAGCGGCUACAAAGCCAAAUUAUUUCUCACACUACAGGAGUGAAUGACUCAGCUGAGCAAAAAGAGCUUUCAUUCUUUUGGGCAAACGAUUUCUCUAAACAUAAAAGCCUAGUGAAAACGUGUUGGAAGUUAUAUAAACCUUGGUAGCGAUGUGUUAUUUAGAAACAAUAUAAUAUGAAGCUGGGAACUUGGAUUAUGACUAAAGAGUAUUUUUUUUCCUCAUUCUCUAUGAUUCUAACUCUGAAGAUAGUGUACACUGGGUACCCUCUUCAAUAUACACAAGGCAACCAGUGGCCUGGGGGCCCACGUUCCAUAGGGGCACAUCUGUGAUACAAAGUUACUGCUUCUAAGGCUGACAGGUGAUGGGGCAGAGCAGGGCAUGGCCUAGUAGCCUAUUGUGCAAUUUUACUAACCCACCUAUUAACAUCAGCGAUAGACACAAUUGUAAACAUCAUUGAAUAGAAAGAAUGAAAGUGCUGUACACUUGGGCACAUAAAUGCACAAGGCAGUUGAAGAGCAGCCCAGAGAGAAAACCCUGCCCACCUGACACUUGGACAUCAGUAUUUAAUUGGGGCAAUCUCCCCAAGCAGGCAAGCAUUUAGUAAAAUGAGUCCUGAAGUAUUUUACAGCAAGUAAGUGCUGUUAAUGCAUAAACAUGGUAUAGCAAGCCAAUGAGCAGUGCAUGUGUGGGGGAUGUAGUUUGUGUAUAUGGGAUGCAGUGUGUGUGUUUGCAAGUUAGUGUGUGUAGGGGCUGCAGUGUGAUUUUGCUGAUAUUGCAAUCUGUGUGUGUAGAAGAUGUAGUGUGUAUUUUUCUGCAUGUCCUGGUGAUGCAUUAGGUGUCUAGAGAGGACCCAGUAUAUGUGUCCUCAUCUCCUGACACCCCUGUCAGGCAUUGUUUGGGAAUUUUGUGACUGUUGUUUUGCUAACAAAAUGUUGUUAACAACGUAUACACACAAAAAAAAAAUUGUGUUACAGCUGUUAAUAAAGUGUUGCAUUUUUAUCAGAUAAUCUUCAAAAGUAUUGCUAGUGUGGGGUGUGUAAAUAGCUCCUGGCUUAUGAACAAAGUAAGAAUUCGGGCUAGUUUUGAAUCAUAAUGGUCUCGAUAUGGGCUGUUUUUGGAUGGCCAGAAUUUAUAUUUCUGCCGUUUGGAAUUUGUAUGUAUAUUAAUAAUAGGUCUGUGAUUCUGUAGUGUGGGUGUUUGUUCUGAGCAGAUUCCAUCAUUGGGAGGUAGUGUAGGAAAGGUGGUGUAUUUUUGCUGAUGAUGCAGUAUGUGUAUCGAAUAUUAUUGUGUGUGCUGAUGAUGCAGUGUAUGUUGGAGAUGUAGAAUGACAUGGGGGAUAUAGUGUGUGUAGGGAAUGUAUUGUGUGUGUGUUGGUGAUGCAGUGUGUUGGGGAUGCAGUGUUUGAGUGACUGCUUUUGGAUGCAGUGUGCUUGUGUGUGCUUGACUGCAGUAUGUCUAUGUGUGUGCUUUAGAUACGUUAUGUGUCUGUGUGUGUGCUGGGGAUGCAGUGAGCCUGUGUGUGUACUGGGGAUGAAGUAUUUGUGUGUGCUGGAGAUGUAGUGUAUCUGUAUGUGUGCUGGGGAUCUAGUGUAGCUAUGUGUGUGCUGGGGAUUAUUAUUGUCAUUUAUAUAGCGCCAACAUAAAUAAAUGACUAGGGAGGAGUCUGAUGGUGGUAUUCAGGCUAGUCCAAAGGAAAAGAUCUGCCGGUGACAAGUACUGCAAGUGUGAGUUUGCCGUACGGGUGCGAGCAGCGGACAGGAGAAGGUCAUGGACAGAGCGGAGAGACCGAGAAGGGGCAUACCUAUGGAUCUGUGAAGAGACAUAAGAGGGGCUAGAAUUGUUCAGUGCUUUAUAGGUAUGGGUUAGCACUUUGAAUUAAUACCUAUAGGAUACAGGAAUCUAAUGUAAGGACUGACAAAAGGGUGAGGUGUGAGAGGAGCGACUGGGAGUGAAAAAUCAGUCUGGCAACAGCAUUCAUUACAGACUGUAGCGGGGAAGUGUGUGCUGGGAAUGAAGUGUGCCUGCUUGUGUGCUAAGGAUGAAGUGUUCCUGUGUAUAUGCUGGGGAUGACGUGUGGCUGUGUGUGUGCUGGGGAUGCAGUGUCUGUGUGUGCUGGGUAUGCAGAGUGUCUGUGUGUGUGAUGGAGAUGCAGUGUGUAUAUGUGUGUGCUGGUGAAGAAGUGUGUGUGUGUGUGUGCUGGGGAUGCAGUGUGUCUAUGUGUGUGCUGGGGAUGCAGCAUGUCUGUGUGUGUGCUGGGGAUGCAGUGUGUCUGUGUGUGUGCUGGGGAUGCAGCGUGUCUGUGUGUAUUCUGGGGAUGCAGUGUGUCUGUGUGUAUGCUGGGGAUGCAGUGUGCCUGUGUGUAUGCUGGGCAUGCAGUGUGUCUGUGUGUGUGUGCUGGGGAUGCAGUGUGUCUAUGUGUGUGCUGUGGAUGCAGUUUGUCCUUGUGCUUGCUGGGGAUGCAGUGUAUCUGUGUGUGUACUGGGGAUGCAGUGUGUCUGUGUGCUUGCUGGGGAUGCACUGUAUCUGUGUGUGUGCUGGGGAUGCAGUGUGUCUGUGUGUGUGGAAAAAGUGUGUGUUGUGUGUUCGUUUGUGUGCAUCAUUUUCAGGUGCAGAAUGUAACUUGUUUUUAUAGUACAAGCUAUGACUGUUAAUGGAAUUUCCUGUCUCCAUUCAUCAGUUUGCUCUUUUUUAGUUUGAUGAAUCUUUUAAUUAAAGUGUUCCUUUAUUUUCAUUAUAAUAAUUAUGCAUAUUAUUGUAAAAGAUUGGCUUUAACACAACUUUGAUUUCAUAAAGAUUGAAUUUUAUAUGCUCAAAGAGUCUAACAAUUGAUUUUACAUCAAGUCCAAUUAUCCUACAAACAAAUCAUUUAUAUCUUUAGAGCAUGCAAUUGUUUUGUUAAAUAGUUAGCAAAUUAAUGCUUAGUGUUUCAAGGAAAAUAUAUAUUGGAAAGAGUUUGCUGCUUAAAGGGGAACUGUCUCUUCCCGGGAUUUUUAAUACAAUAGAAAUGGAAAAAAAGCAGCGCUACAAAAUGCUAGUGUGCACAACCAGUGCUAAGUUUAUUGCAGGACAACAAAAGAAAUAACAUACAUUUGGGGUUAUCCCAUUUAUCAGGUUUUUGAAUAUUAUGUUUAUCCAUCCUCUGUAUUUUAACAAAUAUGUAUUUAUGAGGUGUGAAAAAUAAAAUUAAUUGUAGAAAUUCACACCACUAAUAGAUAUAAAAGUACAAUCUGCAGAAAAUAAAAAAGGAACCACCAAUAGUGUAAUACUGUAAAACACCAUAUAUUAGCUUUGAAAAUUGAUUGCAGGCAGUACUUACAUUUUAAGCAGUAAGACCUUUUUUUGUCUUUAUACCAGAUUGAUCCAUAAUGGGAAAAGAGAAAAAUACACAAAUAGUGCAGUAACAUUAAAAAGUUAUUACAUUUUUAUGGUACUGCACUAUGUGUGUGUUUUUCUCUUUUAUAUUUAUUUAUCCAGAUCAUAUUGUGUUUUUCUCUUUUAUAUUUAUUUAUCCAGACGAUAUUAAGGAAUCUUCUUAUUCUCUACAGUGUACCCUAAUGGUAAAUGUUGCAUUUUAUAUCAAUGUCCACUAUGGUGAAAAACAGAAAUACUUCAUAAAAUUUUCUUUUUUGGUAGGUUAAAAAAGCUAUUCAAAUGUAUUGAAGUGUUUUAAGGGUAAUAUGAAAAGUGUCAGCUUUUUUUGUUAAAGAUAAUGACAGGGCUCCUUAUUUUCCUUUAAUUGAGAGGGUCUGUAGAUCCCUCUAUUAAUCAGGGAAAAUCAGAGCUAUUUUUCCAAUUACCGUAUAUACUCGAGUAUAAGACGAGUUUUUCGGCACAUUUUUUGUGCUGAAAAAGCCCCACUCAUCUUAUACUCGAGUCAGUGUCUGUAUUAUGGCAACUUACAUUGCCAUAAUACAGGCCAGGACCUCCGGGCUCAUUACAAGCCCAGCGGUCCUGUUGGGGGCUGGGAGCAAGCUGUUACUUACCUUUACAGCAGCUCCGUUCAGAUCCCUUCUCCUCCGUGCCAUUCAGCUCCAGUGUAAGUCUUGCAAGAGCCGCAGCCAUCAGAGCGUUGCCAAAGGUUACCAUGGCAACGCUCCGCGUGGCACGCAGACUGCGAGAUUUACACUGGAGCUGAAAGGCACGGAGGAGAAGGGAGCUGAACGGAGCUGCUGUAAAGGUAACAGCUUACUCCCAGCCCCCCUCCUGCACAGCCCAUCCACUGGACCACCAUGGAAUAAUAAAGCCCCCCUCCAGGGCCAUGUAUCAACCAGGGAGGGAGGAGGAAAAAAAUAAAAUAAAAAUGUAAAUAAUAUUAUAAUAAAAUUAAAAAAAAUUUAAUAUUAAAAUAAUAAUAACAAAAAUAAAUAAUAAAAAUGCCCUCCCCCCACCAAGGUUACACACUCUGCAUCACAUACACAGCAUUCAUUUUAUAUACACACACACACACACAGUAUUCAUUAUAUAUAUAUAUAUAUAUAUAUACACACACACACACACACACACACAGCAUACAUUAUAUACACACACACACUGCAUUCAUUAUACACACACACACUGCAUUCAUUAUAUACACACACACACACACACACACACACCGCAUUCAUUAUAUACACACACACACACACACUGUAAAUAAAUAUUCAAUUAAUAUAAUUUUUGGGGGAUCUAAUUUUAUUUAGAAAUUUACCAGUAGCUGCUGCAUUUUCCACCCUAGGCUUAUACUCGAGUCAAUAAGUUUUCCCAGUUUUUGGGGGGUAAAAUUAAGGGCCUCGACUUAUAUUCGGGUCGACUUAUACUCGAGUAUAUACGGUAUUUAUAAUAAUGGACCAAGAGGACUCUUGACCAAUCCUGCUUUCUUGGAGGACCUACUGCAUCUCUGGUAGUCCCUUGUUACCCAGAUACAUGUAAACCUAGGCCCUUAGUUUACUGGCUCUUAGUGUGUAUAUUGCUCUGAGCAUGUGUUGUUGUUUUUUUCUGGAUUCUGAGUGUGACAGAUUCAUCUGCAUUGUUGGUUCGUCUGUUUCCCUUUGUUCGCGGAAUUGCCUGUUCAUAUACCCCCGUUCGUGUAAUUUGCAAAAUGCCAAUUGAAACUACCGAACGAACGACCACCCAGGAGAGGAGUGUGCUGCUGGUUAACCUCUUGGCCCCAAUUAGAACGUUGUGGUUAACCGCAGACACCUCUCCAUUCCAUUCGUAUGGGUGGUCGUCGUUCGCAUGUCGACCACGAGGCAGCGGCCAUUUUGGGACAUACAAACACAGAGCGGUGUUCGGUACAAACUGUAUGGAACUAAAAACGGACACUUAAACUACCGAACACCGCUGAAAAGCUGCUGCCUACCUUCCUUUUCGACAAGGCAUGCGAACGUCGGUCGUUCGGGAGUUUUAUUCAUUCGUAUGGACUUUUACCCCGACAGCCAUCCCAUGGAGUCAUUCGUAUCCCGAAGGACUGGUGAAAGACUUUGACUCCAUGGCGAUUCGACUAGAUACAUCGGAUCUGAGCGCUGUUCGGUGAAAACAUGCCCUCAGAUCCAGGCUGUCUGGGGAUACGUUACACGAACCAUAUGCAUUCGGUAUUUCUGUCGUUAUGUAUUUUAAUGUAUUUUUGUUAUUGUAUUUCAAGAUGGCGAUUGUCUCUACCUUGAGAGAUAAUUAGGUUUCUUCCCAAUUAUCUCCGAGGUAGAGAAGACGGAAUUAUGGGCCAGAUGGGAAGGGCUAUUAUUGAAGCCACUGCGAUUGGCUACUGUCCAAUAUGUUUUACAGUCUUCCACAAGGUCCCCUCGGGGAGUGUCCACCUUGUGGAGACCUGCAUAAAUACCGGGCAGGUAGCCCCCAUUAAACAGAACUUCAUUUGACCCUCAAGACGGAGCUUGGUCUCGUUUGUGGGGGAAUUAUUACUGGGACAGCGCUUUCGUUAUUUCUAGCUGUGGAAGGCGUUCGACUGUUUGGCUGAUCGGGAGUUGCCGUGUUCGUGGACUUCGUUCGGGAGUUUGGCGAUCGGCUGGAUUUAAACUGCAUUUCUGGAGAAGGGGAUUAUUGCCUAAACGGCGGCUUCAUCUACCCGACGGUACGUGUCGUAACACUGAGUUUUCCUGCUGAAUUGGCUACUGUCUUGUUUAUUGUCUGGGCUUUGUCACAUACAGUGCCUUGCAAAAGUAUUCACCCCCCUUGGCAUUUUUCAUGUUUUGUUGCCUCACAACCUGAAAUUAACAUAGAUUGUUUGAGGAUUUGCAUCAUUUAAUUUACAGAACAUGCCCACAACUUUGAUUAAAAAUGUUUUUAUUGUGACGCAAACAACAAAUAGGACAAAAUAACAUAAAAAGUCAAUGUACAUAACUAUUACCUCCCCUAAAGUCAAUACUUUUUUAGAGCCACCUUUUGUGGCAAUCACAGCUCCAAGUGACUUUGGAUAAGUCUCUAUAAGCUUGUAACAUCUUACCACUGGGCUUUUUGCCCAUUCCUCUUUGAAAAACUGCUCCAGCUCAUUCAAGUUGGAUGGUUUGCGCUUGUGAACAGCAAUCUUUAAGUCUGACCACAGAUUUUCUAUUGGAUUGAGGUAUGAGCCUCGACUAGGCCAUUCCAACGCAUUUACACGUUUCCCCUUAAACCACUCAAGUGUUGCUUCCUGCUGGAAGGUGAACCUCCGUCCUAGCCUCAAAUCACGCACAGAGUGGAACAGGUUUUUAUGGAUUUUUCCACCUUGCCCCGUUACUGCAAUGCUAGCAUGAGAGAGAAAAAAAACAGGUCACCUCCAAUGCAUCCAAUCCAUAUCCUAGUCUGCAUGAUGCCAUGUCAAACAGACUUUAGACAGUAUCUUUGGUAGUACAUUACAUGAGGCGUUGGGUCUUAAAGCAGAUGGGAGAAACAAAACGAAUCUGAUUUCGUAAAGAGAGAAUGUUGAAGAAGCAUCACUCCAUGGAUAGCUACAAACUCAGAAAGGAGAGGGAGCAUUUAUAUAGAUGUAAAAAGAGCGAAAAAAAGAAGCAAAUAGUCACAGUGGAGAUUAUCACAUUUACACCUUUGCCUUUAUCAAGGCGUGUGUUGCUUUUUCACUCCAUUUAUCGUAUGUGUUAUUGUAGAAGCAAAAAACAAGUCCCUCUAAAGUAAAGUUUCAGCAUUUUCCUAUUACGUCACUACCUGGCAAGAACCUCUUACAGUCCCUGAGGUUGGCAAUUAUUUUCCCUAAUAUCCAUAAUUAUAACAGAAUAAUUUCCAAUAUGGAAUUAUUACGCUUUCUGAAACAGCAUGUCCUUGUCUAUUAUUAAGUAUCAGCCUACACUGUGGUGAUAAAAAGAUUUUUUUCUGGAAUGUAUAUAAUGAUUAUUAUAAAAUAUAUAGCUAUAUUUUGUAUUAUAAUGGCACAAGGUGAAUUAUGUAUAUGCCUAAUAACAAUCAUGACUAUAAUUGUUAAAAGCACAGUGUUCAGUUUAUGUGAACGUGUCAUCUACUCAAUGUGUUAAUGACAAGGCACCCUUAAAAAUAAAUUAUUACUGUAUAUUGUGAGUUAGGGGAAACUGAAGUGAGAUGAAUGGGAUUUUUAUCAUUUUAACAAAAUGUACUUUAUUUAUACAAAAAAAAUAAACAUUAAACAGACACUCUAAUUACCAAAAGCACUACAUAUUAAUCAAAUGGUUCUGAUGCAUACAUGUUGUCCCUUCUCUCAGAGUGUCUAAAACAUUGCUGUUUCUGAGAAACGUCAACCUCAGAAGAUCACUAGGACAGCAUGUCUGCAAAUACAGACUUCACAUUCUACAAUCGUUUAAACAUAGAAAACAUAGAAACAUAGAAUGUGACGGCAGAUAAGAACCAUUCGGUCCAUCUAGUCUGCCCAAUUUUCUAAAUACUUUAAUUAGUCCCUGGCCUUAUCUUAUAGUUAGGAUAGCCUUAUGCCUAUCCCACGCAUGCUUAAACUCCUUUACUGUGUUAACCUCUACCACUUCAGCUGGAAGGCUAUUCCAUGCAUCCACUACCCUCUCAGUAAAGUAAUACUUCCUGAUAUUAUUUUUAAACCUUUGUCCCUCUAAUUUAAGACUAUGUCCUCUUGUUGUGGUAGUUUUUCUUCUUUUAAAUAUAGUCUCCUCCUUUACUGUGUUGAUUCCCUUUAUAUAUUUAAAUGUUUCUAUCAUAUCCCCCCUGUCUCGUCUUUCCUCCAAGCUAUACAUGUUAAGAUCCUUUAACCUUUCCUGGUAAGUUUUAUCCCGCAAUCCAUGAACCAGUUUAGUAGCCCUUCUCUGAACCCUCUCUAAGGUAUCAAUAUCCUUCUGAAGAUACGGUCUUCAGUACUGUGUACAAUACUCCAAGUGAGGUCUCACCAGUGUUCUGUACAAUGGCAUGAACACUCCCUGGCACCCUUUCCCACUCCAUGGAGUCCACUGGGUGCUGCUCCCUGCCUCCACUACCACUGACCAAGAGCAAUAAGUUCCUAAAUUGUGCAAUGCAUGGCUUAACUUAGAAGAGCUAAUAAGAGUUCCUUCUUAGGAACAUUCAUCUCUUAGCAAAUGGUAAUGGAAGCAGAGAGCACUGCCUUCCCUGUUUAAAAACAGUCUGAAUCCUUACAAUGGGGGAAGCGGUGUACCGGGGAACUACUGUGACCAUAAUCAGUAUAGUGCUCUGUAGAGGUUAUUGUUCUUGGAGUGUUCUUUUAACUUUUUUAACCUAUGACUAUUAUACAUUUGGCAGCCAACCAAUUUAAUGUUCCCAUCAUGUAAAAUAAUACAUGCGUAUUGUAGGAAAAAGCUCCUUGUUAUAAUAUAUAUUUCCCUUCUUUUUUCUUCCUUGUUGGAUUGUUUGCUAUGAUGUUAAAAUACUUAUAUAUUAUCAUUUAUCGGGAUGUCGAUUAGCAAAUACCCAUAUGCAUCAAACUUACAUUUUCUUUAGGUUUAUUCUGCCUUGAAUUAUUAAUAUAUAAUAAAACAACAGAGGAUGCUACAGGAUGAAAGAUGUUCAACAGCAGAUGGUAAUUGCUGGAUUUAGGAAGGGAUAGAUAAACUCUUUAAAGUCAGAGAUAGAUAAACAACAAGCCUUGUGGUUCUUUGUCCACUAUUCUAUAUCGUUAUGACCAUAAUGACAUAAUUCCUUAAAUCUCUAACUAUAUAAGGACACGUAUGAAUACCCUCUUUAUAUGUAACCACAGUACAGAAUUCCCAGACAAAGACAACAACACAUAUCUAAUGUGAAUCGAAUAUGCAAUAUAUAUAUUUUAUCACUUGUGAUAUUUCUAUUCAAAUUAUUUUUAUUAAUUAAAAAAAAAAAUAAUUCAAUUGCUAAACAGCUAUGGGAAAGGGUACAAAAGAGGAAAAAAAUGGAAAAAUAAGGUAAACAAUUAGACAUAUAUGGGAACACAGGAAACUCCAGCAAUCAUGAAAUUUAACAAGAAACAUUACAGGGAGUGCAGAAUUAUUAGGCAAAUGAGUAUUUUGACCACAUCAUCCUCUUUAUGCAUGUUGUCUUACUCCAAGCUGUAUAGGCUCGAAAGCCUACUACCAAUUAAGCAUAUUAGGUGAUGUGCAUCUCUGUAAUGAGAAGGGGUGUGGUCUAAUGACAUCAACACCCUAUAUCAGGUGUGCAUAAUUAUUAGGCAACUUCCUUUCCUUUGGCAAAAUGGGUCAAAAGAAGGACUUGACAGGCUCAGAAAAGUCAAAAAUAGUGAGAUAUCUUGCAGAGGGAUGCAGCACUCUUAAAAUUGCAAAGCUUCUGAAGCGUGAUCAUCGAACAAUCAAGCGUUUCAUUCAAAAUAGUCAACAGGGUCGCAAGAAGCGUGUGGAAAAACCAAGGCGCAAAAUAACUGCCCAUGAACUGAGAAAAGUCAAGCGUGCAGCUGCCACGAUGCCACUUGCCACCAGUUUGGCCAUAUUUCAGAGCUGCAACAUCACUGGAGUGCCCAAAAGCACAAGGUGUGCAAUACUCAGAGACAUGGCCAAGGUAAGAAAGGCUGAAAGACGACCACCACUGAACAAGACACACAAGCUGAAACGUCAAGACUGGGCCAAGAAAUAUCUCAAGACUGAUUUUUCUAAGGUUUUAUGGACUGAUGAAAUGAGAGUGAGUCUUGAUGGGCCAGAUGGAUGGGCCCGUGGCUGGAUUGGUAAAGGGCAGAGAGCUCCAGUCCGACUCAGACGCCAGCAAGGUGGAGGUGGAGUACUGGUUUGGGCUGGUAUCAUCAAAGAUGAGCUUGUGGGGCCUUUUCGGGUUGAGGAUGGAGUCAAGCUCAACUCCCAGUCCUACUGCCAGUUCCUGGAAGACACCUUCUUCAAGCAGUGGUACAGGAAGAAGUCUGCAUCCUUCAAGAAAAACAUGAUUUUCAUGCAGGACAAUGCUCCAUCACACGCGUCCAAGUACUCCACAGCGUGGCUGGCAAGAAAGGGUAUAAAAGAAGAAAAUCUAAUGACAUGGCCUCCUUGUUCACCUGAUCUGAACCCCAUUGAGAACCUGUGGUCCAUCAUCAAAUGUGAGAUUUACAAGGAGGGAAAACAGUACACCUCUCUGAACAGUGUCUGGGACACUGUGGUUGCUUCUGCACGCAAUGUUGAUGGUGAACAGAUCAAAACACUGACAGAAUCCAUGGAUGGCAGGCUUUUGAGUGUCCUUGCAAAGAAAGGUGGCUAUAUUGGUCACUGAUUUGUUUUUGUUUUGUUUUUGAAUGUCAGAAAUGUAUAUUUGUGAAUGUUGAGAUGUUAUUUUGGUUUCACUGGUAAUAAUAAAUAAUUGAAAUGGGUAUAUAUUUGUUUUUUGUUAAGUUGCCUAAUAAUUAUGCACAGUAAUAGUCACCUGCACACACAGAUAUCCCCUAACAUAGCUAAAACUAAAAACAAACUAAAAACUACUUCCAAAAAUAUUCAGCUUUGAUAUUAAUGAGUUUUUUGGGUUCAUUGAGAACAUGGUUGUUGUUCAAUAAUAAAAUUAAUCCUCAAAAAUACAACUUGCCUAAUAAUUCUGCACUCCCUGUAAAUAUAGUAUCAGAAAGUUCCAUGUAUUGCAAUUCUAAGUGAAUAUGCAGAUAAAAUAAAUGACUAAGGUGUUAUAAUUUAAAAGAAACAGUAAGUACAAUCAAAAGCAACAUAUUUUCUGACUCCAAAUCAGAUAGAUGUAGUAUAAUAUAUUUAAGGGGUGAGAGAUGGGGUGCAGGAUUAGAAUUUAUUGCUUACUACACAAUCUGUUAUACAGCUGCACAUCGAUGCCUCUCCUAUGCACUUUAAAUCAGAUUAAUAGAGCCAUGAUUAAUUUCAUGUUAUUGUUGAGGAACUACAUGCAAGAUUUAGUCCACAGCAGCGGACUAUUGCCAAAAUUGUACCAGGCCGUUAUCAACACAUUAUUCAGGGAACAGCUACAUUUAUUAAUGCAAUCCAUAUGUUAAAUAAAAUGCUAUAAAAUCACUAUCUUCCCACAAAGGAAAAAGUGGGAAAUUAAUUAUUACAUUUUAAUAUAAAAGUUCUGCCUUAACACAUAAAUAAUGUGUGGAAAGCAAAAUUAAAGAAGUUCAUUUAUAAAGAUCAAGUUGAAUAAAGUUAUAAUCUAACAUAAUACUAAUACCCACUGCAACUAUGAAAUUCUGCAUAUUAAAGGCAAACUCAAAGUUCCAAAACUGAAAGGAUAUAUGACAGAUGUCACAGCCUGCAUAAAAUAAUCUAGACGUGUUUUGGUAUGAAAAUAAAUUUCUUACCAAAACAUGCUGUAAAAUCUCUCAAACAGGUAUUUCUCUCAGAACCAUAUACACCUGCCUUAAAUUACAUUUGUAGCUAACCCAUGGACGCUCAUUCCAUUCUGGAACUAUUAAAACAAAAGAAAACACACUUAAUGUGCACUUAAUCAACAUCUCCUCACUUCAAAUGAUGCCAAAAUCCACUGCAUGCUCAAGUGUUGCUUCCUAUUAGAGCGACCAUUAGCAAGAGAACUAGACAAGAAUGUCUGCUGUUUUUCCCUAUACUGUUGCCUUGCCACCAGGGCCGCCAUCAGAAAUUUUAGGGCCCUGACACAGCUCAAGAUCUGGGCCCCCUGGGCCAGCCCCGAGUCCGCCCACAAGGAUGAAGUGUGUGUGUGUAUAGUGGGUGUAGAAUGAGCGUCAUGGAUGCAGUGUAUAUAGUGGAUGUAGUGUGAUUGUGGUGAAUGCAAUAUUUGUAUAGUGAAUGUAGUGUGUUUGCAGCAAGUGCAAAGUAUGUAUAGUGAUUGUAGUGAAUGCAAAAUGUGUAUAGGUCGUGUAGUGUGAUUGUAGUGAAUGCAAAAUGUGUAUGGUGAAUGUAGUGUGAUUGUGGUGAAUGCAGAGUGUGUAUAGUGAAUGCAGUGUUUGUAGUGAGUGCAAAGUGUGUUUAGUAAAUGUAGUGUGUUUGUAGUGAGUGUAAUGUGUGUAUAGUGAAUGUAGUGUGUGUGUGUGGUGCAGUGUGUUUAGUGAAUGUAGUGUGUGUAGUGCAGAGUGUGUUUAGAGAAUGUAGUGUGUGUAGUGCAGAGUGUGUUUAGAGAAUGUAGUGUGUGUACUGCAGUGUGUGUUUAGUGAAUGUAGUGUGUGUGUGUGUGUGUGUGUGUGUGUGUAGUGCAGAGUGUGUUUGGUGAAUGUAGUGUGUGUGUUUAGUGAAUGUAGUGUGUGUGUGUGUGUAGUGCAGAGUGUGUUUAGUGAAUGUAGUGUGUGUGUUUAGUGAAUAGAGUGUGUUUAGUAAAUGAAGUGUGUAGUGCAGAGUGUGUUUAAUGAAUGUAGUGUGUGUGUGUUUAGUGAAUGUAGUGUGUGUGUGUGUUUACUGAAUGUAGUGUGUGUGUGUAGUGCAGAGUGUGUUUAGUGAAUGUAGUGUGUGUGUUUAGUGAAUGUAGUGUGUGUGUAGUCCAGAGUGUGUUCAGUGAAUGUAGUGUGUGUGCUUGUAAGGAUGCAGUGUUUGUGUAAAGUAGGGGGGAGGGGAGUAUUUAAAAAAAAUAUUUGUGUAUAUUUAAAAUUUUAAUUUUAUUCCCCCCUCCCUGGUUCUUACCUUGCCAGGGAGGGGGGAGAUCGCAUUCCUGGUGGUCCAGUGGAGAGAGCCAGCCGCGUUACAUUGCAGACAGGGGCCCAGCAGCACACACUGUCUUCCUUUCCAGUUCCUCUCUGACGAACUCUCGCGAGACCGGCCUGUGUGCUGGUGGCCGUAGGAGAGUUAGAAAGAGAGGAGCUGGAAGGAGGACAGAGUGUGCUGCUGGGCCACCCGCUGCAAUUUACAGGUAGGGGGGCCCUCAGUGCAUAGAUAUAUAGCAAAAUUCGCUAUAUAUCUGUGCACAUGUUAAUGUGGGGCUCAGACUGCCAGAGCAGUCCGGGCCCCCCAGGACCGCCGGGCCCAUGACAGCCGUUAUGGUUGUCAUGCCCUGAUGGCGGCCCUGCUUGCCACUGGAAUCUUUGCAGUGACACAAAAACAAAACUAUGGCACAUUAAUUGUUUAUAUAUAAUGCCUCAGAACAUAGGGUAGCUAUGUAUGCUGAUUGUAUUCUGCACUAUGUAGAAUGAUCAUUCAUCUUACUACCAAAACUUUUAGAGUAUUUUAAUGUCUCUUGUCCAUCAAAAUAGAGGUCUCCAUGGUGUUGAUUUGUUAUCUCCUUUGACUGUUUACCUCAUGGUUUAUUUUCUCCCCAAGUAAAAAUACAAAUAAGCACAUACCUUUUAUUAUUAUUGUUGUUUUUAUUAUUAGUGCUUAUAUAGGCCUUAUAAUAUUUUGUUUAGACAAAAUAAUAUUGGCAGAUGGUGAAGAAUACAAAAAUAAUUAUAAUUUAAAAAACUUGCAACAAAUUAUAACAAACUACUUCUCUACUUUUCUAUGUUUUACAUUGCAGCACUAAGUGCAAAAGGGACACAGCACCCAGACCACAUCAAUGAGUUGAAGUAGUCUGGGUGCCUACAGUGAACCUUUAAUAGACAUUUUCAGGACCAUGGAGAGCAGCCUGACUACACUUAUAGAACAUUUACAGGACCAUGGAGAGCAUCUGAAUAACCUUAUAGAACAUUUACAGGACCAUGGAGAGCAGCCUGAAUACACUUUUGGUACAUCCAAAAAGAAUCUUCAUACACUCACUGGGUUCUAAUGAAGAGCAGUUUUUUUGGAUCAUAACGCAAAGACCAACAUUUCACCCUUAACAGAUGUCUUGUAUCUCUUUUAAAAACCUUUGUUAAGGUUGAAACAUUGUUCUUUACAUUAUGAUUCAAUAAAACAAACCUUUAUUUGAACCCAGUGAGUGGCUGAAGGUUUUUAUGUAUCAGAUGUAAGGGAUUUGCUGGCCCUGCUUCAGCUAAAGAUCCUGUGGCUCUUGGAAACUGAGUGUGACCCUUGCUUGCUUUUGUGAAUACACUUAUGGAACAUUUACAGAAACUUAGACAGCAGACUGAAUGCAGUUAUGGAACAAAAUCCUGGAGAACCGCCUAAAUACAAAUAUUAAACAUUUCUGAAGAGGAUCCUGAAUACAUAUUGCUACCGUUAGAAGAACAUGGGAUAGCAUUAAUAAAUGCUCUUAAUUAUAAUAACACAGCAUUUCAGUUUAGGGAAAACAGUAAAAGUUGUGUGCAUCUUGGCAUUCUAUCUUAGGAGAAAGAUUAACUAUGAGGAAAACAGAACAACAGGCGAAGAAAUAAACUGGGAGAAUGAGUAGAUUAGAGCAAGCUUACAAUUUACUCUAAUGAAACCUCUGAGGCACUCUACGAGAGGAUUUGCCCAGCGAGCUAUAAGUACACCCUAGUAGCCUCAUGUUUUACAAAAUCAUAAACACAGUGAAUAGACACCUAUGGGAAAAACUCUGGCUGUUUCCAAUCACACAAGCCUCCAAUCUUCAUUUGUUUUUUAAGUGAAUAGUAGCCUGCACUAGGGUAGAUAGACACCUUACUUGAGACAAUUAUUUACAGAGUUUAUGGAAAUUAAUGGCUAUAUGCAUCCCGCUUGUUCUCAUGAGACAAUGGCUUAGAUGCAUGGUGUAAGAGUUUUAUAGCUUUCUUUCAAGCUGUCUUUUUCUACCUGAUACAAUAUUUUACAUGUUGCGCCUGGACUGACCCUUUAACGCAUUUAAUGGUCUGUUGAUUAGCUUUGUCUAGUUGUUAGGUCCACUUAAAAGCCCACAAAUUUUACUUUAAAUAUUGUUCAGCCAUCAGGAGCUAUUUUAUGGUUCAUUACCAUUCCAAUAUGAGCUGUUCUGUUUUCAUAUUCUAUAAUGAGUGCCAGCAUGAGUCUGUUUAUGUAAUUAUGAGUUAUGUCUUAUAUGUUUCCUCAGACGCAUAAUUGCAUGUACCAAUAUUUUAUAGUUUCUGAGAAAGAAAUUUUAAAUUAUAGUUUUUGCAAAAUAACCUUGCUAAAUUAAUGUGGAUGCAGUACAAGUAAACAGGAGAAAAGGUGAGUUUAUGUAAGGUACCAAUAAUAAAAAAUAUAUAUAUAUAUAUAUAUAUAUAUAUAUAUAUAUAUAUAUAUAUAUAUAUAUAUACAGGGAGUGCAGAAUUAUUAGGCAAGUUGUAUUUUUGAGGAUUAAUUUUAUUAUUGAACAACAACCAUGUUCUCAAUGAACCCAAAAAACUCAUUAAUAUCAAAGCUGAAUAUUUUUGGAAGUAGUUUUUAGUUUGUUUUUAGUUAUAGCUAUGUUAGGGGGAUAUCUGUGUGUGCAGGUGACUAUUACUGUGCAUAAUUAUUAGGCAACUUAACAAAAAACAAAUAUAUACCCAUUUCAAUUAUUUAUUACCAGUGAAACCAAUAUAACAUCUCAACAUUCACAAAUAUACAUUUCUGACAUUCAAAAACAAAACAAAAACAAAUCAGUGACCAAUAUAGCCACCUUUCUUUGCAAGGACACUCAAAAGCCUGCCAUCCAUGGAUUCUGUCAGUGUUUUGAUCUGUUCACCAUCAACAUUGCGUGCAGCAGCAACCACAGCCUCCCAGACACUGUUCAGAGAGGUGUACUGUUUUCCCUCCUUGUAAAUCUCACAUUUGAUGAUGGACCACAGGUUCUCAAUGGGGUUCGAUCAGGUGAACAAGGAGGCCAUGUCAUUAGAUUUUCUUCUUUUAUACCCUUUCUUGCCAGCCACGCUGUGGAGUACUUGGACGCGUGUGAUGGAGCAUUGUCCUGCAUGAAAAUCAUGUUUUUCUUGAAGGAUGCAGACUUCUUCCUGUACCACUGCUUGAAGAAGGUGUCUUCCAGGAACUGGCAGUAGGACUGGGAGUUGAGCUUGACUCCAUCCUCAACCCGAAAAGGCCCCACAAGCUCAUCUUUGAUGAUACCAGCCCAAACCAGUACUCCACCUCCACCUUGCUGGCGUCUGAGUCGGACUGGAGCUCUCUGCCCUUUACCAAUCCAGCCACGGGCCCAUCCAUCUGGCCCAUCAAGACUCACUCUCAUUUCAUCAGUCCAUAAAACCUUAGAAAAAUCAGUCUUGAGAUAUUUCUUGGCCCAGUCUUGACGUUUCAGCUUGUGUGUCUUGUUCAGUGGUGGUCGUCUUUCAGCCUUUCUUACCUUGGCCAUGUCUCUGAGUAUUGCACACCUUGUGCUUUUGGGCACUCCAGUGAUGUUGCAGCUCUGAAAUAUGGCCAAACUGGUGGCAAGUGGCAUCGUGGCAGCUGCACGCUUGACUUUUCUCAGUUCAUGGGCAGUUAUUUUGCGCCUUGGUUUUUCCACACGCUUCUUGCGACCCUGUUGACUAUUUUGAAUGAAACGCUUGAUUGUUCGAUGAUCACGCUUCAGAAGCUUUGCAAUUUUAAGAGUGCUGCAUCCCUCUGCAAGAUAUCUCACUAUUUUUGACUUUUCUGAGCAUGUCAAGUCCUUCUUUUGACCCAUUUUGCCAAAGGAAAGGAAGUUGCCUAAUAAUUAUGCACACCUGAUAUAGGGUGUUGAUGUCAUUAGACCACACCCCUUCUCAUUACAGAGAUGCACAUCACCUAAUAUGCUUAAUUGGUAGUAGGCUUUGAGCCUAUACAGCUUGGAGUAAGACAACAUGCAUAAAGAGGAUGAUGUGGUCAAAAUACUCAUUUGCCUAAUAAUUCUGCACUCCCUGUAUAUGCUGUAUUCUUUUACCAUACAUAAACUAAAUUAUUAAUUAUUAUUAUUAUUAUUAUUAUUUAUAAAACUCCAGUAUAUUAUGUAGCACUGUGGAAUAGGUGGAUUAAAAAAUGAGUUUAACAUACAGGAACAUAACAUGGUGAGGGCUCUGUUCAAAUAAUCUUACAGUCUAAUGUCAGUGUUAUGUCGUUUUUUUAUUCAUCUUAAUAUGAAUGACAUCUGCCACACUAUUGAUCUUUACUCUGGAGCCAAAGGGAAAUUAAUGAAGCAUUGUGAUUGGCUGGCAACUACAAUCCAGCUUGCAUUCUCCUACAAAAUGGGACUGACGAUAAAUGUUAACAUGCAUUCUUGUGCAAACCUACAAACAAAAUUUCCACAACUACCAGGAUGUGAAGAUUUUUUUUUUAUUGCUUUAUUUCUUAUUUUUAUUAUUAUUUAGUGGCCUGUUUAUGUGAUUUUAAUUAAAGGAUGAGAAAGCAAUAACAAACUAGCACAUUUUCUUGAAUCAAACAGGACUGGCUUGUAAUUGGGCCCCUGACCCAUUGCCCAGUGGGUUUCUUUUUGUCUGUUGUUCCCAUAAAACAUGUUAUUAAAUGCUCUCAUACUGUAAUAGGGGACUUCCAAGGAUCCAAAUGUGUUUCAGUGAAGUUCUGUGAAUGACAGAAUGACAGAAUGCUGUGUUGUUUGUUGGCCUCAUACACACAUGUUCAGAGAGGAUGUCCUAAGAACUUCCUACCUCACCUACUCUCUUCCUGUACCAGCAUGUUGGGAAGCAAGCACGGGUUGACCACAGGACUUAAUAACUGUAAGAAUUAAUACAUUAUUGCCUUCUUACAAAUUCUUUCAUUUGUGAUCGGUGUGUUUUUUGUUAUUUGGUACUUGAGACACCCAGCAGGAUCACUUUAUUGGUUAGUAAGGAAACAAGUGUAUGUAGGCUUAAAUUCAUAAAUGCUCUAUUUAUGGAUAAUUUGUACCUUGUAUUAGUACUAGGUUGGAAUUAGUGUUAGUUUUAUAAAUAAUUGCACUUAUCCCCAUUUAUCUCUGAUAAUGCUGAUUCCCUUCCCUUGCAGUACAAUCCAAUUGUAAUAUGAUUAAAAUAUCCUCAGGAUAAAUAUCUUAAAGUUUGUCUAAUUCAAUAAGUAGAUCUAUGUAAAACCUAGAAAAUGUUUCUAGACAUGCUCUACUUAAAGAAGGAUGAUCAUGUCUUUGGAAUUUAAACGAUUGAUUAAAAAAUUGAAAAUCACUUGUAACUUUUAUUUUCUAAUCUUUUCAUGAGAUUUUCCAUAGUCUUUUAAAUUUAUAUUGAAAGUUUAGUAAAUUAGACCAUAAUCCAGUUCAGACAAGGCAAACAUUGCAAAUGUUUCAUUUCUCCUCUUCCCUGUAUGAUGACUGCCAGGAACAAAUGACAGAUCUUAUUACAAUGAUGAUUGACAGCUAAAAAAAAAUGGGAGGCAGCCAAUUGCAAGAUAUAUAAGUAGAUUUAAAUUUUUUUGUUUUAAUUUUUACACUCCCCAAACACGUAUUUCAUAUUUGAUUCAAACACAUAUCAUGCGAUUAUUUUUUAUUUUAACCCCUUAAGGACACAUGACAUGUGUGACAUGUCAUGAUUCCCUUUUAUUUCAGAAGUUUGGUCCUUAAGGGGUUAAAGGACAUAUAGUUCUAAUACUUCUGGGUCAUCCUAGAUUAUUUAUUAUUUAACAAGCUAUGAAGUUCUACUCAUUGACCUGCAGAAAUCAGGUGAACAGAAAUCUCUGAAUCUGUUUCAAGCUGUGACAGUUUGAACGCAAUUCAAUAAAUAAUUCCGAUUCAGAUCAGCAGCAUUUGAUACAUGUCUGAUUGCCCAACUUUGCAUGUCAUUCCAACCACACCUUUGCUAAUCUGUAGUUGACAAUUAAUUCAUACAAAUCGCAUAAACAUGUGGGAUCCAACAUCUGAUUUUCAAUUACCCAACUGAUUAUUCGCUAAACUGAGAUGAGAAUUAUUGGGGAUUCACCAGGAAAUUGUGAAUUAAGUCCAUUUUAAAUAGCUAAAUGAGAAAUGUAGUGGAUAUAUUCAAAUGGUGGUUAUCUAAAAACUGACAAAGUAGAUGAAUUUUGCAAUCCAGUUGAAACUUCUCUACCAUACUCUUUUUAGCAAAUUUGCAUUUGGAGAAUUUCUUCAGUUCCUCUAUCUUGGAAGGAAAUUUGCAAUUCCUCUGUGAAUUCACUGCCAUUCAUGAUUCAGUGGAUAACUUUCACUCCUGUAUAUGAGUCAAAAAUAACUUUAAUUGCAAUAGAAGAGGCAAAGUUAUGUUUAAAGAUUAAUCUAUAAAAUGAAAGGAGAACAAGAUUGGGCAUCAGAGCAGCCUCUAUAUCAAAAUAAACAUUUUUUUCUUUUCUUGUUUCUUGAUGUUUGAAGCUGUGUCCGGAAGACGUGGAAUAUAAAUCGCAAGACAGUGAUCUGUGGGAAGUUUCCAAAUGAUCUGCAAUAUAUAGUGUGCUAUAUCUGUAUUAGAAAUCAGGGGAAGAUAUCCAUGCUUGAGCUUAUUUGUAAAAGUUGUUGUAAAAAAACGUGAAUACAAAAACCGUGGUAGGGCUUGUGACCGCUUUUCACUGUUCGUUUAAUAUUUUAUUCCAUGUGCGAUUGAUCUCUCUUUAAUAUUGAGCAAACAUAAAGGCUUGUCCCAAGGCACACAACUUAAUCCUUAGAACGAUGCUGCUUUGGCAAAGCAAAUACGGGAUACUAAAUUGUUUAAUCAUGGAUUGUACUGAAGGUCACAUUUUAUAGAGUGCGUUUAUUCACCAUAAAUAAUAUUUGUAUAUAGAAUUACUUUUCACCAUUUGAAGCAUUUCGUAUUUGCCUUUUUUUCAUUGUGUAACUUGUUUUUGCCAUAUACUAAAAUCAAUGAGUUAGGGUUCUCAGCUCUUCCCAUAUGUGGUGGCUCACAGGAGUCUCUGCUUAACAUGCGAGACUCAGUAUCUUCCUUUUUCAUUCUUCAUCAAGUGAUGACCCCUUCCUGAAAUCCCUCCUCAAUUCUAUUCCAGGCCCCUCCCUAAUUCCACAACUAAACAAGUUUCUUGGCACACUCACGGUUACUUACUGACACACACACAGAUACACAAUCUCACAUAAAGACACAGAGAGGCAGACACACAAAGACAUGCACAAGCACAGAAAGCCUUUGACACAUAUUUACACAGACAGGCAUAUGCCAUCACCAUCAGGCUCACAUAGACAUGCACACUCAGACAGGUACUCACAGGCAUAGACAGACAGUGCGGUGCAUGUAGCAUGUGUGUAGAGGAUGCAAUGUUUGUAAAGGGGAUAUAAUGUGUGUGUGUAGAGAGAGGGAACAUCAUGCCACUCCCUGAUGGUACAGUGUAUAGAGCCUCUGCUUUUUACUCUCAGCCUUUGCUCAUGUAAUGGCUCUCAUGAUCUCUAGACUCCUAGUAUCAGAGCAAUGCUAUGCCAACAGGCUUCAAUUGUUUGAACUGAAGAUAUGAAGCUAGCCAGUCCAAAGACCUGGGACUGUGCUAAUAAUGGUAAAGUGCAUUUUAGAGACCCAAGGCUUUCAUGGUGUCUACUUAGGGCUCUAGCUUAGAUAAGCCCCUCCUCCCAAUGCCCCUUAUUGGAACAUAUUUGUAAGUGACAUUAAUAAAGUGACUCACAAUGAAGGCUAGGUAAUAAUGGAAAGCAAAUAGCCUUUACUUAGUUGGUCUUCCCAAGCUCAGUGAUAUGAUUUUAAAUAUAUAUUGGCACCUAGAUUUCUGCAAGUCUCGAUAAUAUAAUGGAGGGUGAAGGGUUACCACCAUCAUCACUGAUCUUUGAAAAUUACCCAUUUUUGCAAAAGAACACAAAAGACCCAAUGAGCCUGUGCUAUCAACAGACUAAUUUAGGUUUUACAUUCGGAUAUCAAGUUACUUAUAAAAAUCUUGGCAUCUAGGUUGGGAGAGUUCUUGCCUUCUCUGAUACCACCAGACUAAUCAGGGUGUGAGUGGCCAAGAGAUGUAAACGAGUACUUACAAAACAAAUGCAUAGAAAUUAAAAUGUGGAGACAAGACAAACUGCAGAUAGCCCAAGACGAGAGAACACUGAGAAUGUGAACAUACCUCUUUCUAGGAAUAAUACAGUGGUGGUAGAAGCAGAAAAACAUAAUCCAUCAAGAGAGGAGGUUUUUAGGGAAGAACUCAAGAGAAUUUAUGGUGUGGUUUCAUCAAGUUAACCCCCCAAAAAAAACUAAAGGAAAGAAAGCAUAGAAGAAAUAGAGGAGGAAGAAGAACAUUAGGAAUAUUCAACCUGGCUGGCAUUCCAUUAUUAUUAUUCCCAUAACAUAUUUCUGCACUAAAUAAGGGACUAAAAUUUGCCCCCACUGUACAUAUUAACAAAUUCGAUGCUACUAUAGGUGUCGAAAGAUUUAUCAGGAAAUUAAUUAUAAAGAAAUAUUUUGAACAGAUUCCAGAGAAUAAGAAACAGAAAGUUAAUUUAACCCCUUAAGGACCAAACUUCUGGAAUAAAUGGGAAUCCUGACAUGUCACACAUGUCAUGGGUCCUUAAGGGGUUAAGCACAGCCAACUGAGACCUGCAUCUACUUUCUUUCCUGUCAAUUGUGUCUCAGCUGGUAUGAAAAUUUUCAAAGAAUUAGUGAGUGAUGACAUCAGGAAAAUGAAAUUUAAACAGUAUCCGGACAAUAAUCUGACACGAAAAGAAAGAGAAGAAUUGGAUGACCUGAUGGGAAAUAACGAAAUUGUCAUUAAGCCAGCAGACAAGGAGGGAGGAUUGAUAAUAAUGUCUAAAGAAUAUUAUUUGGAUGAAGCAACCAGACUAUUGAACGAUCCGGAAACGUAUAUAACACUUCAUAAAGAUCCUCUUAUAAAAAUGAAAGAAGAACUCGAGGAAAUAAUAAUUAAGGCUAAAGAUGCAGGAAUUUUGAAAGACUUGGAAUUUAGAUUUUUGAAUGUUACUUUUCCAAAGAACUCUGUCUUUUAUUUAUUGCUGAAAAUACACAAGAAUGUGGAAAUACCACCGGGAAGACCAAUUGUCUCGGGAAUCAAUUCCAUCACUUCCAAUCUGUCACAAUACGUUGAUUCAUUCCUACAACCUUAAGUAUAUAAGGUCAAAUUGCACCUAAAGGACACUACACAAAUGAUUUAUGAAUUUGCGUUUGUAAAUUGGCAAGAUAAUUAUAUCCUAGUAUCCACUGAUGUAUCAUAACUGUAUACCAUUAUUGAUCAUGUACAAGGGUGCAACUCAGUGUUAACUGCUCUCAAAAGAACUGGAGAUCUAAAGGAAUCUCAAAUAUCGUUUAGCAUUAAAGGUAUAUCAUUCAUAUUGAAAAAUAACUAUUUCUGGUUUGAUAAACAUUUUUAUUUACAGAAGAAUGGCACAACAAUGGGGACUAAAUUUUCCCAAAGCUUUGCAAUUCUUUUUAUGGGAGACUGGGAAGAACACUAUAUAUGGAAUACGCAUCUUUGGAAUAAGAACAUUCACCAUUGUAAAAGAUACAUUGAUGACGUUUUCUGCAUCAAUUCUUACACUAUGUGAAUGACAACACUUGGGGAGGGAAAUUGAACACAGUUUAUAGUAGUACAUCAGUGGAAUUCUUAGACCUGACCAUUUACGUAGACUCAAAUAUAGUAAAAAAAAAAAAAAAAAAACUCACUUUUCAGACAUAGAUGUAAAUAGUUUCAUCUUAAAAGAAAGUUGCUAUCUACCAGUAUGGCUCAAGAAUGUUCCUUAUAAUUAAGACCUAUUAGGAGAGAGUUACAAUAAUCAAUGCUAGAGAUUACUAGAGCAUGGACAAGCUCCUUAGUAGCAUUUUUUGUUAGAAAGGGGUUAAUGCGGGCUAUGUUUUUAAAGUGGAAUCUACAGGAUUUUGUAACAGACUGGAUGUGAGGCUCAAAUGGGAGGCCAUAAUCAAGUAUAAUGCCAAAGAUGGACUGUUGUAGGUACCACUCACUUGAAGGGAGAGCGAAAGAGGGGAAUCGGUAUUAGGAGUAAGAAAAAUAAGGAGUUCGGUUUUAGAGAGAUUGAGUUUCAAAAGCGGGAAGACAUCCAAACAGAGAUGGAAGAAAGCAAAGCAGUAACAUGUUGCAGGACAGCAGAAGAGAGGUCUGGGGAGAAGAAGUAUAUCUGAGUGUCAUCAGCGUUCAGGUGAUAUUGGAAUCCAAAUGAGGUAAUACAUUUUCCAAGAGAGGCAGUAUAAAGAGAAAAUAGAAGGGGACCAAGGACAGAACCUUGGGGGACUCCGACAGAGACAGGACAAAAAGGUAGGAGGUAUCAUUAGAAAAGGAGACACUGAAUGAGUGUUGGGAGAGAUAGGAGGAAAACAGAGAGGACAGUGUCACAGAGACCGAGUGAUUGAAGAGUUUGGAGAAGGAGAACAUGGUCAACAGUGUCAAAGGCAGCAGAGAGGUCAAGAAAACUUAGUAUAGAGUAGUGCCCUUUGGAUUUAGUUGUGAUUAGGUCAUUAGGGACCUUAAUAAGAGCAGUCUCAGUAGAGUGGAGGGGGUGGAAGCUAGACUGAAGCGGGUCAAGGAGAGAGGUGGAAUUAAGGAUGCAAGUCAGAUGGGUAAGGACAAGCCUUUUCAGAAGCUUUGAGGAAAAAGGGUGCAUGGAUAUGGGAUGAUAGUUAGAAGGCGAGGACGGGUCAAGAGAUGGGGGUUUUAAGAUUGGUACUACAGUAGCAUGUUUAAGGACAGCAGGAACAAAACCAGAAGAGAGAGAGCACAGUUGAAGAUGUGUGUUAAGGAAGACACAAGACAAUAGGAGAGAGACCUGAUAAGGUGAGACGGUACAGGAUUAAGCAGGCAAGAGAUGGGUCGAGAGGAAAGUAGAAGCAUAGCCACCUCUUGUUCAGUAGCCUGGGAGAAAGUCUAAAGGGUAAGAAAAGGCUUGACCUAGGUGUGGUUGAGAAAGAGAGGGGCAAGGUGGUGAGGAGCUUUUACUCUCUACUUUGUGAUUGGUUUCUCACCUUGUCAGUACAGUUAAAUGGCAGUCACUAAAAGUUUAAAACCUGUCUCUGCCUGGUGGAAAAUAGACAAAAGUCAUGUUAACCAGUACAGAGUGCAGAUCAGCUGACACACGCAUAGCUAUUCAACCCUCUAUAUUAAUAUAGUUUGUUUUUGUUUUUUGCUUAGUUUUUUUCUGUUUUUUGUUAAAAAAAAGAAUGGGCCCCUUUGGUUUCCAACAAUGGUCCAUGCCUUACCCUUCACUCCAGUUGUACUAGGGUGAAGGGUAAAGAGUAAUAAUUGGAGCCUAUGAGACACUUAGUCUCCUGGGUCUUUUUAUAUAAAAAUGAUGGGCCAAAAAAAGGCCUAAAUAGUCUCCUAGGCUUCUAUGUUCAAAUAAACAGCAUGUCCUGUCCCACACUCCCUGCAGGCUAGGGGUAGGUAAGACCAUUGCCACCCCCCACAAUAUAUCCCUAUCGACCCCCUCACACUUAUAAUUGUGAAUGGGUCCAAGAAAUCUAAAAUAUAGAAAAAAGUACAUAAAAAGAUUUUUACACUUAUCCAUUCAAGUUCUGAUUCUUUAACUUUCUUACUUUUGCCCUGCCAAAAAAGUCUAAAUAAAUGUAUUUUCUGCCUUCAAUGCUCAGUUGAUGUGGAUCCAUCAAUGGGUUUUGUAGAUAAGUGUGUUCUCUACAGGUUGAAAAUCAACGCUGGAGUAAUUUGAGCUUUAUGGGCUAAACGUAUUUUGCAUAAUUUUGUAAUACGUAAUGAAGGUAAACAUGCAUACACAUUUUUGCAAAGCAACAGGCUUGAUCAUUUCACUGUAUUAAUGUCUUGUAUAGUCCACACUCUGAAGUCUUGACUGUUUUAUUUUUCAGCAUUAUUUAUGAAGUGACAGGCAUGUGGCUGUUCGGGAAGCAGUUCUGUAAAGUGUGGAUCUCGUUUGAUGUUAUGUUCUGCACUGCAUCGAUCGUUACUUUGUGUUUCAUCAGUCUGGAUAGAUACUGCUCUGUCGUGACUCCUUACCACUAUUCCAAGAGAAUGUCAAGACGCAGGUGAGGAUUUUUCCAUUUUUAUAAUUUAGAAAAUAAACAAGAAAAUCAUUGUUUCAUUUUUCAUAGCAAUUUAAUUACGGGUAAGUCCUGUAUUGCCAUCUCUGCUUUCUUCAGAUCCCAAAGCAUCACUUUAAACUAAGAAAGGAUUUGUUAUAGCAUGCUUUUUCAGGAAAAAAAAGUAUGUAAUAAAUAUCUCUUUAAAUAAUCAAUAACGAAGGCCAAGUAAAGUCAGAAAUCACUUGUCUUCAGUUGUUAUGGUAACUGGAAAAAAUGCUUGUGGAUUAUUCCCAUACAUUUACUUAAAUACUCAAUUCUGCUAAGUAAGAAAUAUGUUGAUUUUCAAUAAUAUUGUAAAUUGUGUUCAUUUAUAGUUUAGGAGAAACCUAUAAUUAUUAAGUAAACAAAAAUGAAGUCUUUUACAUAUACCGUAUUUAUCGGCGUAUAACACGCACUUUUUCUCCCUGAAAAUAGGGGAGAAAUUGUGGGUGCGUGUUAUACGCCGGCCCUUUAAAUUCUGCAGCCGCCUGAGCGCUCUGUCAAGAGCGGUCAGGCGGCUGCAGUUGGUACUCACCUCCCCUGUAGCGUGGCCGAGCCGCUCUGCUGUCUGGUGGCGGCUGGACUGAUAGGUAUGUUCGGUCGAGUGUACAGGUUCCUGUCUCGGCUGUACAGGAGUCGUGUUCUGCGGAACAGGGUUUCUAUUUCUGUACUGAGGAAGGCAAACACUGGCGUAACCUUCACAUCCAGCGGCGGCCACGCGAGACAGCAAGCAGCCGUGCAAAGGAGGGGGAGGUAGAAAGAGGAGAAGAAAAAGAGGGGAGCAAGAGGGAGGUGGCACAAGAGGGAAGGGGGCAGCAAGAGGGGAGGUAAGAAGAGGGCUAACAAGAGGGAGGGUUUAACAAGAGGGGAGGGUGGCUAACAAGAGGGAAGGGGCAGCAAGAAGGGAGGGGAAGAAGAGGGAGGGUAGAGGGAGGGGGUAAGAAGGGGAAUAGGGGGGAGUGGGGAGAGUAGGAAAUUAAGAGGAGGGAGUAAGAGGGAGGGGAGUAGAAAGGGGGGUAGAAAGGGGAGGGAGUAAGAAAGGGGGGUAAGAAGAGGGGGAGGGGGAGUAAGAAGGGGGUAAGAGGGGGAGGGGAAGUAAGAAGAGGGGGAGGGGGGAGUAAGAAAGGGGGGUAAGAAGUUCUUUAUUUAAAAUUUAAAGGACCACUCUAGGCACCCAGACCACUUCAGCAAUAGUAGUGCUGGUGCCAGGUCCCUCUAGGAUUAACCCUUUUUUUUAUAAACAUAGCAGUUUCAGAGAAACUGCUAUGUUUAUACUUUAAUCCAGCCUCCAGAGCCUCUAGUGGCUGUCUCAUUGACAGCCGCUAGAGGCGCUUGCGUGCUUCUCACUGUGAAAAUCACAGUGAGAGAGCAUAGCGUCCAUAGGAAAGCAUUGUAAAUGCUUUCCUAUCACCAGCUGAAUGCGGGCGUGUGCAUUCAGCCGAUGACGUCGCGAGCAAGGAGGAGAGGAGGAGUACAGCUCCCCGCCCGGCGCUGGAGAAAGGUAAGUGUUUAACCCCUUCCUCUCUCCAGAGCCCGGCGGGAGGGGGUCCCUGAGGGUGUAUAACACGCACCUCAUUUUAAGAAGGAAAUUUCAGGGGAAAAAAAACUUGAAGGACCACUAUAGUGCCAGGAAAACAUACUCGUUUUCCUGGCACUAUAGUGGUCCUUUAAGUUUUUUUUCCCUGAAAUUUCCUUCUUAAAAUGAGGUGCGUGUUAUACGCCGGUGCGUGUUAUACGCCGAUAAAUACGGUAUAUCUGUAUUUAUAAUUAUAAUCUGAUUGAUUAAACUAUCUUUGCAUGCUUGUAAAUUGAUGGCUUUUGCGUUUCUCAAGAAACCCUCUGAACUGAAAUAAAGUGCUGUUGUUUUUAAAUCAACAAUCUCUGAAAGUUUUGAAGGUUUGUAUACAGUGGCUACAUAUUUGCUUUGACUUGGGUCAAAUUUUAUUUGUGCCACUAUGUUAAAGGAAAAUAAUGACAUGAAAAUUUAAAUCAAUAUAGAAAAGAAAAUGGAUACUUCAAUCUUCUGGCUUCCACGGUGCCCUUGGUCAAGCUUGACGAAGUCCCUGCUGGGUCGAAACAUUGCUGUGUUUAGCUCUAAAUAAAGCUGCUAUUUUGACUUUUAACCUUGAGUGCCUGGAUCAAUAUUUAUUUUCUACAUUUGAAAAUUUAAAUCAGCAGUUAUAUUAAAUUGUAACUUGUCUAUAAUGUACCCAGUCUCUUUUUGUAAAUCAGUUACUUUAACAUGUCAUAAUUAGCAUAAACCAUGUAUAUACUUACAUACAACAUAAAAAGCUUAGCUUAGCUUGAAUCAAAAAUGUAAAAUUAGCUCAGAAAAAAGUUUGUUGAAUAACUUAAAUUGGCUCAAAUUACUGUGCCACAUGCUUACGUAUAAAUAGUCAUUUGAAAAAGAAAGUAUAUACUCUUUGAAUUCUAUGGUUUUAUAUAACAGGACAUAAUAAUUAGCAGUUUGCUCGUCUCGAGCACUCAGGUGUAUGUUAAUACAAUGCCAAGGAGGAAAGACAUCAGCAUUGAUCUUAGAGAGGCAAUUGUGGAUGCGGGCCAUCAAACUGGGAAGGGUUAUAAGGCCAUUUCCAAAAAAAAAUAUUUAAGUUCCUCAAUUUACAGUGAGAAAGAUUAUUCAAAAGUGGAAAACAUUUAAGACAGUUGUCAAUCUUCCCAGGAGUGGACGUGCCAGCAACUUCAUCCCAAGGUCAGACCAUGAAAUACUCAGAGAAAUUGCAAACAAAAAGCUAAGAGUUACAUUUCAGACUCUGCAGGCCUCGGUUAGCAUGUUAAAUGUUAAAGUUGAUGACAGUACAAUUAGAAAAAGACUGAACAAGUCUUGUUUAAAACAAAUUGUUGAUAUAUUUGGGUUGCCAGCAGAAAGCCUCUUCUCUCUAUAAAGAACAUCGCUUUUGCUUAGGUUUGCAAAGUUGCAUCUGAACAAACAACAAGACUUCUGGAACAAUGUCCUGUGGACAGACGAGACCAAAGUGGAGAUGUUUGAUCAUAAUGCACAGCACCACAUUUGACGAAAAUGAAAAACGGCCUAUCAGCACAAACACCUCAUACCAACUGUCAAGUACGAUGAUGGAGGGGUGAUUACUUGGAGCUUGUUUUGCAGCCACAGAACCUGGAAUCUUGCAGUCAUUGAGUUAAUCACAAAUUCCUUGCUAUACCACAGUAUUCUAGAGUCAAAUAAGAAGCCAACAACUACACUUAGCUGAAAUUGGGCCAUGCAACAGGGCAAAUCUACAACAGAUUGUCUGAAAAAGAAAAUUAUCAAGGUGUUGCAAUGCCCCAGUCAAAGUCCAGACUCCAACCCAAUUGAUAUGCUGUGCUGGGUCCUUAAAGGGAAGCUAUAGUGGGGUCCUUAAAGGGAAGCUCCCUUGCAACCCCUCUGGUAGACAGCCACUGGAGGAGUAGUUAACCCUCAAAGGUAAUUAUUACAGUUUAUUAAAAACUGCAAUAAUUACUACUGCAGGAUUAAGGGACCUGUGACACUGCACCCAGACCACUUCAAUGAGCUGAAGUGGUCUGGGUGCCUAUAGUGUCCCUGUAAGAGAGCUGUGCAUAAACAAGUGCCUUCAGUUAAAGGACCACUAUAGUGCCAGGAAAACAUACUCGUUUUCCUGGCACUAUAGUGCCCUGAGGGUGCCCCCACCCUCAGGGUCCCACUCCCGCCGGGCUGGAUGGAGAGGAAGGGGUUAAACACUUACCUUUUUCCAGCGCUGGGCUCCCUCGGUGCUGGAGACUCUCCUCCUCCUUACCCCGUCAUUGGCUGAAUGCGCAUGCACGGAAAGAGCCGCACGCGCAUUCAGCCAGUCCACAGGAAAGCAUUCUCAAUGCUUUCCUAUGGAUGCUGGCGUCUUCUCACUGUGAAAGUCACAGUGAGAAGUGCGGAAGCGCCUCUAGCGGCUGUCAAUGAGACUAGAGGCUGGAUUUACCCUAAAGUAAACAUAGCAGUUUCUCUGAAACUGCUAUGUUUACAGCAGAAAGGGUUAACCCUAGCUGGUAAGGAGUAUAUGGAAAGGAGAGACAGCUCUAAUUAAUAAACAGGCAGCAACCUUAAAAAGGGAAACCCUCCAAGCCCUUUUAAAACAAGACAGUAAAAACAAUAAUAAAAGGCUGCGCCAAUAAGAGAGUAAAAUAGAGUAACUUAGAAUAAAAAUGUCCAACGUAAUAAAUAAAAAUAAAAAUAAAAGUUCAACUUAAGUGUCCUUGUGGAUAGUCUUUAUAGCAAGUGAUGCAGCAGUGAAGUCUUCAUAAGCUGUAUAGGUUCCACUCAUAUAAAAGACAAAAGGGGAGAGAGAAGGACGACCAGUAGUGCAGUAUUGUAUAAUUCCACAAGUGACGUAUGGAAAGAUAAUAUUAGAGAACUCACAUUUAAUAGAGCUUAUGUCCAGCUCUAGGAUAGAAGCGCAUACAGCGGUAUAAUCCCCGCUUGUGGGAUAUGCUGUGGGUUUCUCUCCGUCAGUGGUGUCCAAUUCUCAAACAAGGAAAAAGAGAGACAACCAAUAGUGCUCACUAUUUUAGUAGUCUUAAUAUAAGUAGAUGAAAACGUACUUACAAAUGAGGAGCAGAUCGACUGCUCUUGUGUCUCAGCAUAGGUGGAUUGAUCCCCACCUUUAGGAUUUCUUGGAGUGCAGGAGACUUCCGAAGUCAGUGUUGGUAUAUAGUAGUAAAAUGCUAAAAAUAUACUAAAAUAUACUAAAAAGCCAGGUAUAAAAAGAGUAAUGUGUAUAUAAAACUAUUUGUUCGUUCGUAGGCUGAAACGGUUUAACGAACAAAUAGUUUUAUACGUCUCUUUAUACAACUUUAAUAUAACAUUUACCACUGACUUAAAUACUCCUACGCACAAAAAUCCCAAAAGUGAGAUCAACCACUAUCUGAACACAAACAGUCGAUCUGCUAUUAGAACACUGAGCACUUAUGCUUUCACUGUUUGAAAUUGAGAGAAAAACACAGCAUAUCCCUGGCGAAACCUACGCCCAGCAUCCCGGCGAACAUAACUUUAAGCGAAGUUCUUUCCACUCGUCACCCCAGGUAUAUGCCUGGUCGUCGCCUCCCUGCUGGUGGAACACCUGUAAUUUCCUGCUGCAAAACUAUCCGCAGAACGCAGAUGACUUUCUUUUAUUUGUAUGCGUUGGUUUAUUAAUUACUAUUUACUCGCAAUAGCGCAGCAAUAUUAUUUAACAGACCAGGCACCCAGACCACUUCAUUAAGCUGAAGUUGUCUGGGUGCCUAUAGUGGUCCUUUAAUGAACUGAAGCAAAGUUGUAAAGAAGAGUGGGUCAAAAUUCCUCCACAACGACGUGAAAAACUGAUAAGAUUAAACAGAAAAAUCUUACUUCAAGCUAUUGCUGCAAAAGAUUGUUAUACAAGCUAUUGACUCAUAACGUUUUUCACACAUGGUUUCUCCAUUUUGGCUUUAUUUUUGUUAAAUAAAUCAUGACACUGAGCUUGUAUUUAUCUAAUUUUAAGACCUGCUAAGGAACAGAUUAUAUAUCCAGACAUGUAAAACCAUAUAAUUCAAAGUGGGUGAACUUUCUUUUUUCCCUGAUUGUAUGUAUAUAAUGCACUAGGUGGAUCCUUUUAUCACUGUAGGUAGCACUACUUAAUCUUAAACUGCAGUGAUUCUCAAACCUACUAUUUCCUAUUUGAAGUAUAGCACUCAACACAUUGCCCUUGCAUAUUAAAGUCACUUAAAAAAAAAAAAGUUUUAAGUCACUGUCCAAUUAAGCGUAAGAUGCUUCAGAAACUUUCAAUAUUCACUCCAAAUCUACACAGCACCUGACAUGAAGAAAGUAUAGGACAUCUUUCUCCUUUUCCUUAAAUUCUCUUGUUUGUUCCUAUUGCAUAUCUUCUGAAUAGGGUGGGAUCUGUCAGUAGUGUCUUCUUCCCAAUUUUCAUUGCCAUUCUCAUGGCGGCAAUCUUCCUCCCUUUACAUGGCAGGGAAUGUCCUGUUCGUUUUUGAGUAAUUAUUUAUAAACAAUAUCUUGACCAUAUGUGGUAGAGAGGGUCACUUCCCUUUAAUUCUCUCAUCUCCAUAGCAGCACUCAAAAUAUAUUCUGACCUCCCUCUACAACCCCGGACAUAUAUGAGCAUAUGUUGUUUCUAUAAGCUUUUAAUAUAGAUAGACAAACAAUAGGAUCCCCAAGCUGUAGUAGAACGUGAACUAUAGGGUAGUGGUAGUUCUACCACAGCUAGAAUGUGCCUUUCAGCUAUUAUAUUUUUACAACAAACAAAAAGAAUAAGUACUAUGUUUAAAAAAACCUGUGUUCUUAUUAUUAUUAGAAACAAUACAGUCAUUAUUAUAAUGAUUAUUAUUUUUCAUUAUUAUUAGAAUUCUUUUUAAGUUGUCAAUGCCACCGACUUUUAGCCCUGCUCAUGCCAAUAUAUAUAUAUAUAUUCCCUGCACUACCAAUUUACUAUGUAUAUGGAGAAUAGAAACAUAGAAACAUAGAAUGUGACGGCAGAUAAGAACCAUUCGGUCCAUCUAGUCUGCCCAAUUUUCUAAAUACUUUCAUUAGUCCCUGCAUGAAUGCUGUGGGGUUAUAUAAGUGUUCCAUUGCAUGACUGACUUAACAGAAAUUUAAGGUAAAAUCUAAUCAGGGGUCACAAUACCUUAAACACACAAUAAUAUGCUAUUUCUAAUGGCAUAAUGUAAGAAUUCUAUGGAUGUUAAAACUGAUCUGUUCAGAAAUGAAACAUCCAUUGCUAUAUAUAUAUAUAUAUAUUAUAUAUAUUUCUCUUUAUGUUUUAUUCAUAGAUGUAUCUUCAUGACAAUGACAAUAUGGGUCUAUUCCUCCUUGAUAUCUUUUUUACCCGUCAUGCAAGGUUGGAAUGAGAUACCCGGUAUCGACUUUGACAAUGGGAAAGAGUGCAUCUUUGUGACCAACUGGACCUUUGCAAUUGUAGCCUCGUCACUGGCAUUCUACAUUCCAUUCAUGAUCAUGUGCAGCAUGUACUUCUUUAUUUACAAAGCUUCCCGAUUAAAAGCUACCCGUAUUGUGUCCCAGACACUGGACCUCCAUUACCACCCGAACAGUAAGCGGCAGAACAAUUUGCAACUAGAAAACAAAGCCACAAGGACAAUGAGUAUCAUUAUAUCGGUGUUUGUCAUGUGUUGGCUACCAUAUUUUGUUCUAAAUGUUUGGAUUGCAGCAAAGGGGAGUUCCACCAACGCUGUCCUUGAGAAUGCUUUCAAGUUUAUUACAUGGCUGGGAUACUGCAAUUCUACCAUCAACCCCAUGCUGUAUGCCUUUUUAAACAGAGACUUCCAGAGGGCCCUGAAGAAGUUACUUAUCUGUAGACGUUGGAGGUCACAGGUAGACAUCGGUGAUGACAUGGUUUCAAUAGUAACAUUUUCCAAGACUGCCCAAGACCCUGAUUACAACAUUAAAUUACCAAUGUCGAACUGUGUUUUAAAGAGCAAACAGACUAUGAAAUGUGGACAAACAACUCAAUACUAA